CCUGUGAGCUGGGGAGCAAACACACCGGGUGUUUAACUAUCGCCAUGGCCCCUGUCACUGAACGUUAAAUCUCACAAAGAGUUUAGUAACCUCGAACUCCCCCCUCUGGGGGAGAGACAGAUUAAGGUAAGUUUGUGACCUGAUGCAUGAGUUCUUUUUUUUUUAAAUAGCAAUCCGCAAGUUUGUUCUUUUUACCAUUGAGAAGCAUCGUGUGGUCCAUUUUUUUUAAAGGCACAGUUUAGUCACCUUACGGCACCAUAACAACUUCCUCUAAAUGAAGUUGUUAUGGUGCAAGGAAGCCUCCAGGCUCACUCUUACCUCAAGGGGUUAAACUGUUAUUGGAACGGUUUGACCACAAAGAUGCCUUCACCGCCUGUCUCCGUUCUCCCCCUACCCCCCCCAGCCGCUAUCAGGCUUGUGAAACGCCACUUUCACAGAGCAUAGAGUGACAACGAUCCUAGAUGCCACUGAUUGUCUGCUCAAAACCAAAAUCAUGGCAUUCAUGGCACGCACACAGACAUCUUGGACUUGAGGCAGGAGGUCCAAGGUCUAAAAUAAUCCAUUCACCAAUUGCAGUCUUCCCAGGCCACUCUCACAACCAGGGUGGACCUGGCAGAGGACUGCAACGUGAGUGUAAACCUCGAGAUGCCUGCGUUGCUGGCUGGUCACAGGCCCCAUUGAUCGGCGCCAUAGUAAUCUGUUGCGUGUUAUAUCUUGGAAGAAGGUGAGUUGAGAGGCUUUGAAAUUGAACGUGGUCUUGCCCCGGACAGCAGUCAUUAGUUGAAUCUUGUCUGUGGUCAAGUGGCAUCUGACGAUGACGUCCUGCGAGGCUUGUGGUGGGGAUGCAAAAGAAGCCCUCAACAGGUGAGUUUAUUUGCCUGGACGUUCGGCAUGAGGGAGAUGGUAAGUCGUCUGGGGUAGUUCUGUGAUGCCAACGUCAGGUAUUCCCUGAAUCUUGAGGUUUACACUCACGUUGCAGUCCUCUGCCAGGUCCACCCUGGUUGUGAGAGUGGCCAUGCAAUUGGUGAAUGGAUUCUUUUAGACCUUGGACUUCCUGCCUCAAGUCCAAGAUGUCCUCCUCGGAGGCCUGUGUGCGUGCCGUGAAUGCCAUGAUUUUGGUUUCGAGUUUUCGAGCAGCAUGCAGCUGCCUCAUUUCAUGCAGUAAAUCUGACAUGUCUUGUUUUGUAGCUGGGGUCAGGUUAGUUCCCUUUACGGACUCUGCUGGGUGUAUGAGGGUUCUAGGGGCAUCUCUGUGGGUCCCUCAGAGCCGCUUGACCCUCCGUUAUGGUCUGGCUCUGUCACCAUCCUUGCGGUGGCUGGGUGCUGUAGCAGGGUGCCUAUUCUGGGUGUCUUUGCACCCUGUCCCCCUCAAUCACCCAUUCAUGCCAGUCCCAGGAGGCCACCUACAGUUACACCUUGAACCUAAAGCUACUGGGUGCAGAGACACCGCGUGGGUCACAUGAUGGCGACAAUCACAACUGUUGACUCAACUGCGACCUAUGUUGCAGCAUCUCUAGCUAAACUGGUCCUCAUCUUUGUGAGAUUUCUGGCUACCAGAGCGGUGAGGCAGAGGUGCAAGCAGCCACCUACAGCAACUAAACCAGAAGCAUCAGAACAACCUACCUGUGUACAAUGGCCCAUUAUGCCCUCAAAGCCCACACACAGCCUAGCAGAUGAAUGGGGCCCUCCCCCCUACCUUGCAGGGCUGCACGGAACUGGCCUUCGCCCAGGACCCGAAAAGCCUAAGCUAAAGUAUAUGGCAAUGUGGAGCUCGGUCAGGGCUCAGGGUGCUAGGACUUUGAGCUUCACAACCCCCCAAGAUGGCUGCUCUCGUCAGUGUGAGUUCUAAGUCGUAUGCGGGUCCAGAAUCGAAGUGCCCAAACUACAAAUGCUCACCUACAGAAGACCUCAUGCCAAGAGCUCAACAGUCUUCUCACAAACUGGGAAUCUGUUAAAAAUGGAGGGAGCUCAUAGCUGCCACCGGGCGCCCUGGGGCGACCCCUGUCCUGAGAAUCACCUAAGCUUAAACAUACUGUGGUGGACUCCUGUACUAAACUUUUCUCUCUUUCUUGCCUGAAGUUUCAGCGUGCAUUUUAAAAAAAACAAAACAUUUAGUUUUUUAGUUUUUUUUAUUAAUUAAUUUAGUUUUUUUUUUAAUUCCGUAAUAAUUGUUUGCCUACGCGAGAUCACGGAGUGGUGUCUGCUCCACACGGUGGUUGGUGGCUACAUACUAAUACACACUCAUUUAAACAUCACUUGUCUUAAGUGUAUCCAGGGCUUUGCAUGUCUUGCUGCUGUGGUAUAUUUCAACAUGUCUAGUAAUUAAACUUGUCUCGCCAUGCAUCCAGCAUAUAUUAAGCCCGACAAAAACCCUUAAAGGGACACUAUAGUCACGAGAAAACUACAGCUUAAUGUAGUUUUUCUGGUGCGUAUAAUCCUUGCUUUCAGGCAUUUUCAUCCAAACACUGCCUUUUCUGUGUUUACAUUGCCCCCUAGCAUCACUCCUGAGAUGCCCACUGGAGAUGCCGUUCAGCGUCCCUAUGCUCUGCAUGUGGACGCUGAAAUUUCCUCAUAGAGAUCCAUUGAUUCAAUGUAUCUCUAUGAAGAAGUGUUGAUUGGCCAAAAUGGUGUUUGGCCCCGCCCCCAUCCCACCUCCUUGCCGGUUUUAGCCAAUGCAUUGGAUUGGCUAAAAAUGGGCAAAUCUGAUGUCAUCAAAGAGGCGGAUUGGGGGCGGGGCCAGCACUGGCAGACCAGCGCGGCGCUGGGAAUAGGGUGAGUUUUAAUUCCUUUUAAGGGGACUGAGGAGGGGGCAAGCCACCAAAAUGCUGGGUUUAACACUAUAGGGUCAGGAAUACAUGUUUGUGUUCCUGACCCUAGUGUUCCUUUAAAUGACAUAAUGCAGCCUAUAUGCCAUACACCAAUAGAUACCGCUUUUCAUAUACACAGCAGCUUGUUCACAUUUCAAGCUGCCUAGCCUGCAGUUAGUCUAUACAUUACUAUCACUAUUAUUGGCUACCUAAGCUUUGGCCUUAUCCUAACCCACUCUGUUUUACCCCUGUAUCAGAAACUGAAUAUCUUAUGUUUAUUCUUUAUUUUGUUACUCUAUGAACACUAUCUACACGCCUAGCCUUUAUGUUAAGCUGUGUUUGUUUUGCUUUUAUACCUUAAAUUAAAAAGAGGCUGUCAUAACAGGAGGCUGUCAUAAUCAUUGUGCAGACUAUUGUGAUUUCGUUGUGGGAACAUAUGCCUCCCUUUUUUUUUUGAGGUACCCAACCUCUGAAUUUUUCUUUUAAGGGACACUAUAGUCACCUGAACAACUUUAGCUUAAUGAAGCAGUUUUGGUGUAUAGAACAUGCCCUGCAGCCUCACUGCUCAAUCCUCUGCCAUUUAGGAGUUAAAUCCCUUUGUUUAUGAACCCUAGUCACACCUCCCUGCAUGUGACUUGCACAGCCUUCCAUAAACACUUCCUAUUUAGGAGAGCCCUAUUUAGGCUUUCUUUAUUGCAAGUUCUGUUUAAUUAAGGUUUUCUUAUCCCCUGCUAUGUAAAUAGCUUGCUAGACCCUGCAGGCGCAUUCUGUAUGUGAUUAAAGUUCAAUUUAGAGAUUGAGAUACAAUUGUUUAAGGUAAAUUACAUCUGUUUGAAAGUGAAACCAGUUUUUUUUUUUUUUUUCAUGCAGGCUCUGUCAAACAUAGCCAGGGGAGGUGUGGCUAGGGCUUCAUAAACAAAGUGAUUUAACUCCUAAAUGACAGUGAAUUGAGCAGUGAAAUUGCAGGGGAAUGAUCUAUACACUAAAACUGCUUAAUUUAGCUAAAGUAAUUUAGGUGACUAUAGUGUUCCUUUAACACCUUCCUGACCAUGGACGUAUCCGGUAAGUCCGACAAAGAAACGGUCCUUAUGGACUGCGGACGUACCUGAUCUGUCCUGGGAUAAUUAGAGCUCUGGAAGCAAUCCUAAUCGCUUCCAGCAGCUCUCAUUGUAUUACAGCGAUGCUUCACUGUAUCGCUGUAAUACCCCCUCACUGGCGGGGGGCCGUCAGGAAGUUUACCAGGUGAUCGCUCCCCCCGGAGCGAUUUACUUCUGGGUUGCUCCAAGUGGAGCCUGGCAGUUAGACAGAGCAUUGGGAGCCUUCAUGCCAUUCUCUUCCCCUGUCCCAUAGUGUUAUCCCCUACCUCCCCCUCCCCCCCUCCUGUCACAUAGUGUUCUUCCCCCCCCCCUCCUGUCACAUAGUGUUCUCCCCCCCUUCUGUCACAUAGUGUUCUCCCCCUUCUGUCACAUGGUGUUGCUUCCCCCCUUCUGUCCCGUAGUGUUCUUCCCCCUUCUGUCCCAUUAGUGUUCUCUCCCCUUCCGUAGUGUUCUCUCCCCCUUCUGUCCGUAGUGUUCUCUCCCAGCCUUCACCUGUGUGUCCCGUAGUGUUCUCUCCCCUUCUGUCCCGUAGUGUUCUCUCCCCCUUCCUGUCCCAUUAGUGUUCUCUCCCCUUCUGUCCCGUAGUGUUCUCCUCCCCUUCUGUCCAGUAGUGUUCUCUCCCCUUCUGUCGUGGUGUUCUCUCCCCCCUUCUGUCCGUAGUGUUCUCUCCCCUUCUGUCCCGUGGUGUUCUCUCCCCUUCUGUCCCGUGAGUGUUCUCCCCCUUCUGUCCCGUGUGUUCUCUCCCCUUCUGUCCCUUGUGUUCUCUCCCCCCCUUCUGUCCGUAGUGUUCUCUCCCCUUCUGUCCAUGUUUCUCCCCUUCUGUCCGUGUUAUACACUUCUGUCCGUAGUGUUCUCUCAAGCCCCCCCCCUUCUGUCGUGAGUGUUUCUCUCCCCUUCUGUCGUGUGUUCUCCCCCCCUCCUGUCCCGUAGUGUUCUCCCUCUGCCAGUAGUGUUCUCCCCCCUCCUGUCCGUAGUGUUCUCCCCCCCCUCCUGUCCGUAGUGUUCUCCCCCCCCUCCUGUCCCGUAGUAUUCCCCUCCUGUCCAUGGGUGUUCUCCCCCCCUCCUGUCGGCCAGUGUUCUCCCCCUCCUGUCCGUGAGUGUUCUCCCCCCCUCCUGUCCGUAGUGUUCUCCCUCCCCUGUCCCAGUAGUGUUUCUCCCCUCCCCCCCUCAUCCCGUAGUGUUCCCCUCCCCCCUCCUGUCGUAGUGUUCCCCUCCCCCCCCUCCUGUCCGUGGUGUUCCCCUCCCCCCCCCUCCUGUCCGUAGUGUUCUCCCCCCCUCCUGUCCGUAGUGUUCUCCCCCUCCUGUCCGUGGUGUUUCUCCCCCCCUCCUGUCCCGUAGUGUUCUCCCUCCCCCUCCUGUCCCGUAGUGUGCUGUCGCCCCCCUCUCCUGUCCCGUAGCUGUCGGCCCCCUCUCCUAUGAGAAAACAUUGGAUUGGCCGAGGCCCUUAAGACUGAUUUCCGCCCCCUCUCCUCCAAUGUACUACCAGAGUACCUCUGGUUGGAAGAGUAAGUCAACAAAUGCAAAGACUAUAGUAUAUGUUAACAAUGCCAAUUACAAUUUUUUGAUAAACACUUCUUAACGCAAUAGGAAAAAAAUAACCAACAAAUUUUAAGCAUGUUUUGUCUAUUUGACAAAUAUACGUAUGUAUGUAUUUGUGUGUGUACUGUUGCUAUUUGAAAGCAGUGGUGUACUUGUAUUUAGUAUCUGUCUGUACAGUUGGUGUUUGCUGGGUGCACAUACACCGCCCCACAUAUACACACUGACUUGUACACACACACACAGAUGCACACUCUCACAGGUUUGAAACUCUCAUUGACAGACAUGCACACUGACCUGCUCUCAAUAACACACAAUCUCACUGAUUUUGAAACACUCUUGUACAUUCAUGGUCACACAAUCACAAAUUAAUAUUUAUCGCGUUUUUGUUUUUUUUUUGGUCCAUCCAGCCUCCUUACCUUUAGGCGAGCUGGUGUGGGUCCUUUCCCUGUGGUCCAGGUGGGCUCCUGCAAUCUCCCAGGUCCUCACACUGCUCCAACUCGCUCUGUGAUACUGGGGCCAGAGUGACGUCCUAUUCCAGCUCCCAUCAUUAUCACAGAGGGCAUGAGUGAGCAGUGUGAGGCUCUGGGAGUCCAGUGCUGCCGCCAUCGUAUUGUCCGCCCUCCUCCCCCCCCCCCCCCCCCGUCACCUUCCCCCCCAAUCACCCACCUCCCGGUACUGGUCGCCAUCGGCUUGCUUGUGAAGGCACCGCCCCUUCCACCUCUCCCCUUCUGCCAUAUUUGUGCCUAGGACAGCGGCAUAAUCUGUCCCCUGUAGUUACGCCACUGAUUAGGAGCACAGUAUUCCUAACACCAUAGUGCCCUAGUCAUUCUUUAGACCCACCCAUAUGGAAUUGGAAAGAAGAUUUGCCUUUUCUCCCAGGCAGUGGUGCUCUCUCCGUGGCUGGAUUUGCCUCCUUGGCUGACAUUCUCAAUCUUGAUCAGUUUGUUGUAGUGGUUAUGGAGCCAGGAGUAGCCUGGGGUACACUUCUCUUAUAAGUUAUCAAACCUUUUUCUUUGAAUGUCUCAGAACUGGAAAUUCCUAAGCAAGAAUUUCUGUUGGUGCUUAGCUAACUGACUGAGAGCAUCAGCUAAUCCAUGCUGCUUGGGAAUGUCCGCCUCUAUGGCUUUAGUAAUUGAUUUGAAGACCUGCACCUGGUAAGAAGUCAAAUCAUUAAAAAAACUGUGACUUAUUACAAUGAGGGGGUGCCAAGGCACUGCUGGAAUCACAACCUCUACAGUAUCCGUUUAAUAAGGGACCCCAGGCUCCGACAAUCUCAAACCAUUCAUUCCACAGAUAUUUGCAGUCAAGUUGAGUUCAUUUGCUUGGACUCCAGUUAGGAGCUCUUAUAAAUUGAUUCAUGGCUGGUUUGGACUUGAAAAACAAAACACAUAUGGCGAUAUAAAAAUGUCAACAAAACUGCAAAGAUCACACUAAACUGGAAAUAUCAUUUAUUUUUCUCUGCAGCUUUUUUUCGCUUUCCAGCUCACAGAGAUGCGUUUUUUUUUUUUCCUGCGUGCCUUUAUUGGUGUUAUGUGCUGCUAGGUUAGAAUGGUUAACAAUCUAGGUUAGGUCAGUGAGGGACUCUGGGUAAAUAGACUGCUUGCAUAACAUAAGUGAUGCACUCUCCUGCUUUGUUCCCUCCUCCUGACCCAGCAUAGAGCUGCACCUUCCUUCAGUGUAAAGAUUUAGAGUAUCUCGCAGAUUUUACAAUCAGUGCCCUGAAAACUCAACACAAGCUCCUAUAUUCUCCAACUUGCUCAUGGGCAGGUAAGGCAGACAGAUCUGAUCAAACAAAAAUCAUAAUUUAGGCACCAAUGGCUUUUAUUAAGUGUCUGAAUGAAGUUGACUAGCCUUUCGGGGUUUGUGCAUUUCUUUUAUGAAAUACUGAAGCAUAUUUCUUGAAAGAUCUUUAAAUGAUAGAAAAGCUGAUAAAUAUGAGCUUUUAUUAAUCUAGGCAUUCUGCAGAUUAAUGAUUACCAUAAAAUUUAAUUCAUUAUAAAGUCAAAUAAUUAGUUUCUGAAAGAGCUGUUGUGGUGUCUCAUAUAACAAAUCUGAUGAAAAACAGUUUCAUUUACAUUGUAAAUUGCAGUUUAGAUCAGAAAACACAUUUUAUUGAAAGUAUUUGUAACGUCUUCUAAUACCAUUUUUUUGCUUUCAAUUUCAAAUGCAUUAUAUUUACCGUUUGUGACGUGUUAUUGCCUUCCCAUCUUGUCUUAUGGUUUUGGCAAGUCAUCUGUCAUGAAGGAGUUAAAACUAUCAUCUUAACAUAAAAAGCUUUUUUUUUAUUUUGACAGAAUUUGUUCACAUGUGAUUUUGUUUCCUGUCUUUACCUGUUGUGUUGUCGCAUCAUAUGGAAUGUAACUUUAUACAGUACCAUGGGGCUUGGCAAAUUUGCUUGGAAUCUUGGAGCUUUUUUAAAUUUUAUUUAUUCUAACAAAACAUAAUUUUUAACACCACAAAUACAAAUCCUUUUUAAAAAUUUUUUAUUUUUUUAAUUCUUUAUUUUUGGUAGUGCAGAGGUAAACAAAUAUGCAUAAACUGACAUAUCAGCAAGAUGGUAUAAUGCAGGUGAAAUCACGGGUAAGUUGCUUCACAUAUCAUGAGUAGUGCACUUUUUUAAUAAAAUUAAAGGUAGAAGGUGAAAACAAGGAUACGUUGGCGUACGUUCUCAAGUGAGGCUACUAUGUCUAAUUGCUGGUAGAAGGUUAAACUGUUAUGCCUUGAUUAUUUGUGCUCACUAGGCCUCACAAUGUUAGGAUAUGCUCUAGAAAUGUAAAUGACCAGUGGUUAGGUUUUAUGCAUGCUAUACUAAAUUUCUCAGUAGGAGUAGGUGUUCUCUGAUUUGACAGGGUGCAGGGAGACCUCAUGGAAGGCGUGGUCUGGUGCAGCCUAGUAGUUUGUGAUGCUGAGUUAGGCGAAUUAACCAUCUUUUCAUGUUGCUUCCUUGCCUCUAUCCUUUCCCAGAACCUUGCAAAUAUUAGGUCCUGUUUAGCCAGCAUAGAUGCGACAAGGGUCUCAGCUGAGCCUCUGGAAGCGGUCUUAGAAGCCACGUGGCAACACUAAGUGCAGUGAGUAGCUGUGGAAGAGCUCCUGGGACCGGGAUUACCCCCACCGGUCCAGAGGGGGGGGGGGGAGAGUGUAGAAGUCUCUCAGUGUAACUGGUUACAGUGUCUGGAGAGUGGCUGCCUCUCCGACGUCUGGUGAGCUUGUAGGCCGCAACUAGUCUGGACCUGGAGAGUUCCGAAUCUGGUUCAGAUCGGUUCAUCAAAGUCCCCACUGUUCAGGAAGAUGUAUUUUGCGGUGAAAACUGCUUAUUGACUGGGUUAAAUGGCGUUUUUUAGCAUGCCAAGCUCAGGAGCUAGCCCAGCACACUUCUGUUCUACUUGCCUGUCAGGCUCAACCCCCUCACAAAUACAAUUCUUAAAGGGAUACUAGAGUCACCAAAACCACUACAGCUUAAUGUAGUGGUUCUGGUGUGUCUAGUCUGUCCCAGCAGGCUUUUCAAUGUAAACACUGCAUUUUCAGAGAACAUAACCUAUGCUUAAUUUGUUUUAUACACGUAGUCAGAAUGGAGUGGCACCUAAAGGUAUAUAGGAUAAACGCCAACCUUUCAUUUCAGGUAAAAAAUAAAAAACACAUAAGAAAAACUUUGAUAUGUAUUGCCCCAUAGAAUGCUAAUUGCAGACCUGAGAGGUUACUUGUUAUACACACCACUUUCUAACGUGCUUAAUCUGUCAUAGUUUUCACAUAAUCAGAUAAGUUACACAAUAAAACGAUAUAGCCAUAUAAACAAGAAUAUGAGAAAUAGUGAGGUACCAUUGAGUGCGAUAUUGUCAGUGUUUUCCGUUGUCGUCUUAUCCUGUGUGGGUUGCGUUGGGACAAGUGCCCAUCCCCCGUCCCCUCUGCUCUAGGUUUGUGGGGGGCUCCUAGGGGGUGACCGUAGUGUGUGUAAUGGUCAACUGGAUCUCAGUUGAGACAACGGGCUGGCAGCCCAUGGGUCCCCCCAGCCCUUACAUCAGGGCGAGGGUAACCCCUGAGCAGCCCGCCGUCUCCACCUCUUGUGGACCAUUGGAAUGGACGGUGUUUAUCUGGAUGUGGAAAGGGUUCAUAAACAAAGGGAUUUAACUCCUAAAUGGCAGAGGAUUGAGCAGUGAGGCCAUGUGGCUUCUAAGACCACUUCUAGAGGCUCAGCUGAGACCCUUGUCGCAUCUACAGAACAGUGCAUACGUUUAUGUAAUGAAAAAUAACCAUGCCCUAAUCUUUCUACUCCUCUCAGGUGAGGGAUCUUGUGUCUUAUUUAAUCGUGGCAAGAGGUUUAUGGACUUGUACAUGAUGAAUUGUGAACUAUUAGCAACAUGUAGUGCCUUGGGGUACCUGGAAGGAGACACUUAUCAUAAAGAACCAGAUUGUCUGGGUAAGUAUUGUCUUGGGGAGCGGGGGGAGGAUAUUUCCUUGACUGGAUUUUGUACAGGUAACAAAAUCACCACCGCUUAUGUUGUUGCACCAGCCUCCAAGCCUCCAUUUUAAUUGGGAUUCUUUCAGGCAGAAGUUACCUUAGCUGCAUUGAUAAUGCACAAUUUUACACUUCCAUAUUAUAAAUAUCAAUUUGGUUUAACACAAACAAGGUUCAUUGUAUGCUUUGCCAACCAACCUCUAACACUCUCAGCCAAUGAAUACCAUCUAUUGAACAAAAUUGUCUUUCAUAGUGUAAAUUCCAAAUUAUCAAUGCUGUAAACGCUAGGAUGAGUCCUGGUUUGUAGUAAAUCAUUAAAUGAACACUAUAGUCACCAAAACAACAUUGCCUUAAGGAUGCAGUUUUGGUGUAUUGAUCACACCCAUGCCGUCUUACUGAUCACUUCUCUGAUCAAAAUGGAUGGGGGCGUGGCGUGUUGAUGUAACACGUCGGAAGAGGGGGGGGCAGCUGAUGCACUCAAUGGGAAAGCAGGGACAGGAAGAAGCGUGGCGUUUAGAGUGGCUGACAUUGAACGUUGGCAAGCUGAGUUUGGUUAUUUUCUGUUUACUUGGUUUACUGAACAUAAAGUAAAAGAAAGAAGGAAAAUAAAAAGUAGUAAAGGAAGGAGAGAAUAAAGAGAGGAAAAAGAGACUGCUGAUAUAUAUUCCUCUUUUCUGUUUUAUUUUUUGUUGUUGGCUAAUAAUAAAGUGGGCUACCUAGUUUAGCCUUCAUGAUGGUGAGUGCAAUAAGGAAGGAGAAAACAGAAGAAAGGAAAAGGAGAAUAGAAAAGGGAUCUUCUUUUUGUGGUAACACAUAAUAAAAAUGGCCACCUUAUACAGCUUUGUUGUUGGAGUUUAUAAAGGGAAUAUAGAAAAUAAAAUUUUAAAUGUAUUAAAUUUAAAUGAUAUAUGUAUAAACAUGCAUAAAGUAGAAAUAAAAAGUUCCAAUAAAAGGAAGACUAGUCACCAGAAGAAUUACAGCUUAUUGUAUUUGUUCUGGUGAGUAGAAUAAUUCCCUUUUUGCAGUAAACCGUCUUUUCAGAGAAAAUGCAGUGUUCACAUUAGAGCCUAGUGAUAACUCCACUGGGCACUCAUCGGAUGACUACUAGAUGUGCUUCCUGGGACGGUGCUGCCAUUCAGUGUCUCCACCCUCUGCAUGCAGACACUGAACUUUCCUCAUAGAGAUGCAUUGAUUCAAUCCAUCUCUAUGAGGAGAUGCUGAUUGGCCAGAGCUGUGUUUGUGCUGGCUCUGCCCCUGAUCUGCCUCAGUCUUAGCCAAUCCUAUGGGAAAGCAUUGCGAUUGGCUUACAGAAUCACUUCUGAUGAUAUCAGCUAUAAGCAGGCAGGGCAGGGGCAGAGGCAGCAGCUGCAGAUUUGAACACAAGUAAGAUUUUACUAGAUUUAGGGAGGCAGCGGGGCUAGAUGGUGGUUUUUAACACUAUAGGGUCAGGAACACAUUUGUGUUCCUGAUCCUAUAGUGUUGCUUUAACCCCUUAAGGACACAUGACAUGUCUGACAUGCCAUGAUUCCAUUUUAUUCCAAAAGAUUGAUCCUGAAGGGGUUAAGUAACUUUUUUUUAAUUGCACUUGUUCUAGAAAAUAGUUAAUGCGGCACUAGUGGUUGGUAAGGAAAUUUUACCAUCAAAAAAGAUACAUAAAUGGGCGGUAUGUAUUAAAAGGUUCAUUACCCUUGAUCUAUGUUAGAGAAAUACUCCAAGCUUCUUAAUUUCAACUCAUUGAAGUUAUGGGGACACAAAUGUCUUGGUGCCAUUUACACCUUCAGGGUUUAAAUAAUUUUCUGGUGGUUUAACCCUCCUCCUGGAUUCAGCAGUGAGAAGUAAUGUUUCUGGACAACUAUUGUUGGGCUUAGAGGCUGACGACCUGUAUGCAUUUUUGUAUAAAUCUUUUUUUAUACAUUUUCAGUUAUUAAAUGCUAGCAUAUUCAGCAACUAGGCAUAUUGAGAUCUUAAAUGUAUUUGUUAUAUGUAGAACAGGACUGCAUGACAUUUCUGCAAUUGUUUACAUCAAAGUUCCUAUUUUCCCUCUGUAGAGAGUGUGAAGGAUUUAAUCCGUUACCUUCGUCACGAGGAUGAUACCCGUGAUAUUCGACAGCAACUUGGAGCUGCUCAAAUUUUGCAGAAUGAUUUAAUACAUUUGGUCAUCCAACACCACAAUGACAAGCAGCUGUUUGAUGCAGUCAUACGGUAAAAUAGAUUGCUCGUUAUCCUAUAAGCCAUCAGCUUGGUUAUAUCUGUCUUCCUUUAUUUAUCAAUAUUUAUUUUUCCUCUAUAUCUAUGUAGUCUGAGAAUACCUAUGUUUGUUCUCCACAUUAAAGAUCUCUACAUAGUCUGACUUUUGUAAUCUUUAGCCAGGCUCAAGCUUUUUGUCAAGAUCGAAGCAGGGGCUAAAAAGCCACGAUAGGAUCAUUUGUUUGGAGCUUUAAAUGGUUGCUUCAACUGAAAGUAAUGUUUUAAUAAAACACUGGUUUUAGCUUAAGUAACGUUUGCUGGCAUGGGUCCCAUUUCUCCCCCUGGCUCCUUUUGUAAUUUAUUUUUUAUAAAGUAACCCAUUAAUGUAGCUCUGGCACCUAUGGGAGUUUUUGUAUUCUUUAAAAAGAUCCCAAAAGGUGAUGUCACUGCUCUGUAUGCAGGGGCAGGAAGAGGGUUUAACUGAUAUAGAUUAUAUUUAAGUGAAAUUCUCCCUCCCGGUGAAGUUCUUUAAUAAUGUAUAUUAAGCACUUAAACCUACAGUUGUGUAAAAAUAAAAUGUUAUUACAAAGUGAAUAUAAUAUUACAAUACACGGCUCAUAUAUGAAAUACACCAACAAAAUAUACUUAAAAGAAAACUACAGUGUAAUAAAAUUUAUUUAAAGAAGUUCUUUCUGUUUUGUAUUUCUAAUGUUACAGUGUUCCUUUUUAAUGUAGUACACAUACGCCUGUCAAUUGUUUGGAUACAAUUUCAUGUGAAGUGUAGUUUUUGUUACACGCAGGUUUGUAUUUCUUAAACUAUAGUGACCCUUUAGAUAAGGAUAGAUAUGCAUUUUAGCAUCAGUUACAUUUACAGUAAGGGAAAAAAAGUAUUUGAUUUUGAAUGUUUGCCCACUGACAAAGACAUGAUUAGUCUGUAACUUUUAUGGUAGGUGUAUUUUAACAGUGAGAGAUAGAAUAACAAAAAAAUCCAUAAAAGCAUGUCAAAAAAGUUAUACAUUGAUUUGCAUGUCAAUGAGUGAGAUAGGCAUUUGAUCCCUUCGACUUCGUACUUGGUGGCAAAACCCUUGUAGGUCAGACGUGUCUUGUAGUUUGCCACCAGGUUUGCACGCUUCUCAGGAGGGAUUUUGUCCCAAUCCUCUCAAUCAUUAAGGUUUCGAGGCUGACGUUUGGUAACUCGAACCUUCAGCUCCCUCCACACAUUUUCUAUGGGAUUACGGUCUGGAGACUGGCUGGGCCACUCCAGGAACCUAAUGUGCUACUUCUUGAGCCACUCCUUUGUCUUGGCUUUGUGUUUUGGAAUUACCCAUCCAUGACCCAUUUUCAAUGCCCUGGCUGAGGGAAGGAGGUUCUCACCCAAGAUUUGAUGGUACAUGGCCCCUUUUGAUGCUGUGCAGUUGUCCUGUCCCCUUAGCAGGAAAAACACCCCAUGUUCCACCUCCAUGUUUAUUUAUUUUUUUCCAUUUUAAUUUUUUUUUUUAUUAAUGCCCAAAAAAAUGAAAACAGGCAGUACAUCACAUUUUACACAUUAUCCAUCAAUAAAAUCCCUUUCCUUGAAGCCACUUGCAGUAACAGCCUUUAUAUUAUUCAUUAUCAUUAUAAGCAUUCAUACUAAAAUAUUCCCAUGUUGCCUUAAUAAUACAUUAGUUUAGUAAAUACAUACCAUUCAACUCUUAGUUGUGCUGAUCAUAUUAUUAGCUUAUAAUGAACUUACAAUUGUGAUGUACUACUUUAUUAAUCCGUUGCGUUAUUAGUUUAUAGUUUCCUUAACUAAAUAUAGGGAUAAAAAUACAAAAAAAAAAAUCUUUAUUUUGUCGUGCAUUAAAGAAUAACUGUUACAGAUGUAUUUGCCAUGCCCCGACUGCAUUGAAAAUAAUAGAACGGCCGAUAUCAAGGCAUGAUAUGUAAAUAUAAUGCACAAUUUUUAUAAUAGAAUGAAGAAUAGGUUCAAAAAGCUAGAUAACUGAAGAAGCUGGCAUGUAGUCCACGUCUACCAAGCUAUGAUUUACCAAUUAUCAACAAAACAAUAGUGAGAAGACUGACUUUGCAGAUUACAGGCAGAAUUAACCACUGGGUUGCACCUUCACAUCACAAGAGAGAUACCGAGUCAACUGCAUAUAAUAAGCAUAGUGUUGUAAAUAUAUGGUUGCAUUAAAACAAUGAAAACAAAAUUAAAGGUAGACAACAGUGAGUUAAUGAUAAGGGUGUCACUGCUGGGUGGUCUACUUUCCCACUUUAACUGAGACAAACUUUAGGAGGCAUGCAUCUAACAAAAGUUUGACUUAAGUGAGACUUCACUCUACUCCCCUAUUCCAUGACACAGAUCACCCGAUUCCCACGCCCGCCAUUUGCGCCUCCCUGCAUAUUGAAGGCAUCGUCAGCCCGCUCGGACAACUCUGCUAGCCCCAGCUCUCGAAACUAAACUGGGACCUAUCAGUAUGGCGGUCAGGCCCUGUCCCCUAACCAAUUUAUAACUUUUUUGACAUGCGUUUUUCUGGAUUUUAUUAAUUCUUGUUAUUCUGUCUCUCACUGUUAAAAUACACCUACCAUUAAAAUUAUAGACUGAUCAUUUCUUUGUCAGUGGACAAAUGUUCAAAAUCAGCAGGGGAUCAAAUACCUUUUUUUUCCCCUCACUGUAUAAUUAAACAGACAUGCAAAUGUGGUUUGUUUAUAGCUGUCAUUUAAAUUUAAACUUUAGGUUGAUGGUGAACCUAACCCAGCCAGCAUUGCUCUGCUUUGGAAAAUUGCCUGCGGAUGCUACAUUUCGGCACCACUUUCUCCAGAUUGAUUCUUAUUUACAGGCUUACAAGGAGGUGAGCUUCUAACACUAUAUAUAAUCCUCCAAAUGUAAUUUUCUGUAUUAUUAAGCGGUAUGCUAAUUAUUACCUGACUCUUGAAGAAACAUUCCAACCACCAUAAACAUUAUAGAAUGAUGUAGAUGUUAUGAUUCCAGGAGUACCCUGGCCUGCUCCAGGCACCAGGUCACUCCAGUGAGCUAUUGUAGUUUAUGGUAUUUUGAGAUUUUAUUUUACAAAUUUAGUACAGUUACGUAGAAGGACAGUGAAACAAAUUUCUUCUAUGUAUGACUAGUAUAAAAUAUUAAGGAACACUUGGCACCAUAACAACUUAAUUAAAAUGAAGUUAUUUUGGUGCCACAAGGCCCCCAGACACUCUUGUACUGAAGGGGUAAACUGUUCUUGAAUGGUUUAACCCUAAAGGUUGCCUCCAGUGCCGGAUUUCCAAUUGCAGUGGCAUCUGGCUUCUGCAAUUUACUUUUAGAAAGUGCGGUGUGCUGCCAGGCAGGAACGCCAUUGGUGUAGACUACAGCAGUCAGCUGAUGCUCUAAGGCUAAGCUAAUCAGUAGCACCCCGUUCAUAAAAAAUGUAAGUCAAUUGCAGAAGCCAGAUAAUGCUGGGGAAAUUGGAGGUGUGACGCCAGAAUUUUAAAUUGAGUCCCUAAAUCUUACGGGAAGCCUGUGUACAUACCGAGAGGGGCGAGGCAUGGGAGGUGUGGCCAGACAGUAAGAUGAGCCUCGUCGCCGCAUUAAUCAUAGGCUGUAACGGGACUGUAUAGGAACAAAUAAGAUCACGGACAAGCAGAUUGCAGCUGUCAAGGUGAGCGAGGAUAGUGGCAUGGACCAGCACAUUAGCUGUAUUUGGUGUUAGAUAGGGGCACGUGCGAGCUAUGCUUUUGAGAUGGAAGCGGCAGGAUUUGGCAAGUAACUGGACAUGAGGGGUGAAGGAGAGGUUGUAGUCAAAGAGAACACUUAGGCUGUGAGGUAGAGCUGGUGGUAGUGCCAUUGACUUUGAGGAGACAGACACAGGAGUAGCAUUACUUGAGGGAGUACAGAAGAGAAGUUCUGUUUUGGGCAGGUUAAGUUUAAGGAAAUGAGCAGCCAUCCAGUUAGAAAUAGCAGAGGAACAGUCAGAAACUUGAAUCAACAGGGAUUGCGAGAAAUCAAGAGGACAGGUAGAUUUGCUUGUCCUCCGCAUAGAAAUGUUACUAAAAGCCAAAAGCGCUUAUGAGUUUAUCAAGUGAGGCAGUAUAGAGAACAGUAGGGGACCAAGGACAGAACCUUGGGAAACAGAGUGAUUGCAAAGAAGAGGAAGAGCCAGAAAAAGAAACACUGAAAGAGUGCUGGUAGAGGUAGGAGGAGAACCAGGAAAGAGCAGAGUCUUGUAAACAGAGAUUGAGGAUGAGAAGUUGUUGUUGAUGAUCAAUAGUGUAGAAAGCAGCAGAAUGGCCAAGGAGGGUUAGAAGAGAGUAGCAACCACUGUAUUUAGCAGAAAUUAAAUAAAUGGAUACUUUGGUCAGGGCUGUUUUAACAUGAUGGUGAGAGCAAAAUCCAGACUGAAGUGGGUUGAGUAGAGAGUUGGAUUCAAACAAGCCCUGGUAAAUGCAUUAGAUUAGAUUAUUCUGCUUAGGCAAUAUAUGUUUAUUAUAAAUGUAUUGGUUCUUUCCAUAAAGCAGACAUUUUUAAUCUUUACAUAGUCAACUAUUUCCUAGAAAUAUGCAUUUUAACAUUUUACUUUUUUGAAUCUAUUCCAGCUAAAAUAUAUAUUUCCAUUGUAUAUGGAUAAUUCUAUAGAGUAUUUUCCUUUUCCCAGGCUUUUGCAAAUGAAAGGCUUUUUGGAGUCUUGAGUGAAAAGUUGUAUGAUCUAUUGCAGAUGGUAAGUGAUUCUGCUAAUUAGUGGUUUUCUGUUAUUCUAGCCUUAUAUUAUUAUGAUAGGUAUACAUAUGAUGUGUGUGUGGUUUUUGUUUUCUUAUUUAGCAAAAUCUAUGGUUUAAAUAGAUAAUUUAUAUUAACAAACUGUUUUAGAUGAUCUAAUGGGGAAAAGCGUUUUUUGCUUCUAAAGUAACAUGCUGAUUUAUUGAUAUCUAAAAUGAAAUCCUGUUCUGUACCUCUAUUUUUGUAACUGCUGUAACACUUCUUCUACUGGCUGUAAACUUUUGCCAUAUAAUCUAUAUAUGAUUAGGAAUGCUAGCUUUCAUUGCAUCACCUAAAACAAACCAAGGACUAAUACAUUUAACGAUACCACAAAAAAAUAUGUGCAUCAUGUGUAUGUCUCCUAGAUUACCUAUCCUUUUUGUAAUUUUUUGACUGCCUGGGUCAAAUAUUUUUACAUUGAAAAUUGCCAGGCUGUUUACGUUGCCUUUGAGAGCGUAUGGUAGCCCAGAAAUGAGAAUUACCCCCAUGAUGGCAUACCAUUUGCAAAAGAAGACAACCCAAGGUAUUGCAAAUGGAUUUUGUCCAGUCUUUUUUAGUAGCCACUUAGUCACAAACACUGGCCAUAAUUAGCGUUUAGUUUUUUAGUUUUUUCACACACAAACAAAUAUGAAUUCUAACUUUGGCCAGUAUUUCUGACUAAGUGGCUACUAAAAAAGACUGGACAUAUCCCAUAUUGAAUACAAUGGGUUGUCUACUUAAAAAAAAUAAAAAAAAAUAUGUACAUGUGGGGUGUUAUUCAGAGAUUUAUGACAGAUAAUAGUGUUACAAUGUCACUAUUGAUAAAUUUUAAAAAUGUAUGUUUUGAAACCGCAAUAUCCUACGUGUACUUAUAGCCCUAUAACUUGCAAAAAAAGCAUGCAAACACUGGGUAUUUUUAAACUCAGGACAAAAUUUUGAAUCUAUUUAGCAGUUUUUUUCAUUAGCUUUGUAGCUGAGUAAAAGAUUUUUCAAGUAAAAGUAAAAAAACAUGUUUUUUUUUCAAUUUUAUAGAUUAUAUGGCAUAAUUUUUUUUUUUAAAUAUUACAUGAGAUUAUAUAAAUAAUGGUAUGUAAAAAAAGCCCCUUUUGUCCUAAAAAAAAAAAAUAUAUAUUAUAUGGGAACAGUAAAUGAGAGAGCGGAAAAAUACAGCUAAACACAAACACCACAAAAGUGUAAAAAGAGGCCUGGUCGCAAAUGUACAACAUCGCAAAAACAGUCCGGUCCUUAAGGGGUUAAAUAUUUUGUUUUUUAGUUUAACUCUUGGGUGGCAUUGUGUCUCAGGGCUCUUUUGAUCACUGAAAACAAUCUUGGACACCUGUGAUAAUUAGAUUGCCAGGUGAGCCCAAUUUAAGGAAAAACUACUAAAGGAGGGUGUUCCACAUUAUUAAGCAGAGCACCAUUUUCAUGCAAUAUGGGGAAGAAAAAGGAUCUCUCUGCUGCCGAAAAGAGUGAAAUAGUUCAAUGCGUUUGACGAGGUAUAAAAACAUAAGAUAUUUCACGAAAACCUAAGCAUGAUCAUUGCACUAUUAAGAGAUUUGUGGCUGAUUCAAAGCACAGACUGGUUCGUGCAGAUAAAGGCACAUUGAGGAAGAUUUCUGCCAGAUCCAUGCAUUGGAUCAAGAGAGCAGCUGCUAAAAUACCAUUACAUAGCAGCAAACAGAUAUUUGAAGCUGCUGAUGUCUCUGGAGUCCCACAGACAUCAAGGUGUAGAGUCCUCCAGAGUCUUGCAACUGUGCAUAAACCUUCUAUUCGACCACCACUAACCAAUGCUCACAAGCAGAAACGGCUGCAUUGGGCAGAAAAAUACAUGAAGACUAAUUUUCAAACAGUCCCGUUCACUGAUGAGUGCCGUGCAACCCUGGAUGAUCCAGAUGGAUGGAGUGAGUAGCGGAUGGUUGGUGGACGGCCACCCUGUUCCAACAAGACUGCGACGUCAGCAAGGCGGUGGUGGAGUCAUGUUUUGGGCCGGAAUCAUGGGAAGAGAGCUGGUCGGCCCCUUUAGGGUCCCCGAAGGUGUAUAAAUGACCUCUGCAAAGUAUGUGGAGUUUCUGACUGACCACUUUCUUCCCUGGUACAGAAGGAAGAACUAUGCAUUCCGUAAUAAAAUCAUCUUCAUGCAUGACAAUGCACCAUCUCAUGCUGCAAAGAAUACCUCUGCAUCAAUGGCUGCUAUGGAGAUAAAAGGAGAGAAAGUCAUGGUGUGGCCUACAUCCUCCCCUGACCUCAAUCCUAUUACCUGGUGAGAGGCAGUUUACAUCCAAACAGCAGCUCUGGGAGGUUAUUCUGACAUUCAAGCAGAAACUGUCCAAAAACUCACAAGUUCAAUGGAUGCAAAACUUGUGACAUUGCUAUCAAAUAAGGGAUCCUAUGUUAAAAUGUAACGUGACCUGUUAAAAUGUUAUUAGUUUGAUUGAAAUAGCUUUUGAUUUCAGUAAAUAUGCUGCAAAAACAACACAAUUUUCAGUUCUUUACAACCUAUAAAGUGUUUUGAAACUUACUGUGCGUAAUAAUUUGGAACAGUGCAUUUCAUUUGCAUGAUUUGGACACAGACCCCUCCCCCCCCGGCAUGGAAACUAACCCACCAUGCAGAACACACACCACCCACGCCCCCGGAAUGCAAUUUGUAAACCAAGGUCCAACUGUGUGUGUGUGUGUGUGUGUGUCUGUAUGUCUAUUUUAUUUUAUUUUUUUUUCAAUCCUUAUUUUCUUGGAUCAAAUGAAUGUAUUUUGUAGAAAACUUAAAGGAACACUAACAGCACUAUAAACACUAGAGCCUUUCCUGCUGCUGUGGAGCAGUUGGUCCACUGUGCAUUGCCAUUAGCUGAAAUCAGGACUGUGGCGUCGAUACACAAAGUGGAUUUCCAAAACUGAUCUAUGGAAAUGAUCUGAGAGCCAAUCGGGUGUUAUGGCACAGUAUGGAACUAAUAAGGUGUUUAGUAUGAGUUAAAUAAUACAAAAAAAAAAUCACUCCGUAUAAAACAAGACCUAACAUAAGGUGUCUCACCAACACCCUAUAAAUAUAUAAUAGAAAAAAAGUGGUUUUUAAAAAAAAAAAUAAAAAAAAAAAAAUACAAUUUGUCUCCGUCUCUCUCCCUCUCACUCUCCUCUUCCCUCUCCCACCCCCUUCUCCCUCCUCUUUCCCCCUUUUUCCCCCUCUCCCUCCCCAAAAUAAUCUAUAUUAAUAUAUGUAAAUGAAUAGUAGGCACGUCUCCCCUGAAAGGUAUCACUCAAUUUUUGGAGUCUGGUUCCAAUGGUACUCUGAUAGUGUGAAAAUUCUAGUAAUGAAAAGAUAAUCGUGCUAUACCGUUUGUACAAAUGUAAUAAUUUAAAUGCACUUACAAACACAUAAAAAUGCUGGGCAUGUCUCCACAAUAAGUGGAUCUCUGAUAGAAGAAUAGCAGCAACAUGAAAUCACUAAAAGUAUAUAAAAGUCCAACAAACAUUGUCCCUCUCAUGAAACCUUUUUAAGGGAUAUCACAGUGCGUCUCGUCCCUCUCAGGGGACCUCUUUUUUAUUAAUUAAAAAAUUAUCCAAAAUUUAAUAGACUAAGCUUCUUUGUGCCGCAGAUAGGUAUUUAGCGCCUAUCACACGCACACUGACAGACAUACAGCUACACACAUGCAGGCAUACAGACAGACCUAAAGAUACAUACAUUGAAUCCAGUCUGCAGUCUAAGUAUGCUGGGAGUUAGGGGCUGGCUCUUUCAACCUGCACCUCCUCCUCUUUGUUCCUCCCAUGCAGCUCCAGUCUCUCCUGGACUGGCCCCUUCCUCACAGCCUCCCCACCUCCUACACGGCUUCGGUCUCUGAGAGGACGUGUCCUGCAGCACUCCCUUCCGUGCAGGACUGGUCUACGGCAUAAAGUUUGGGGUUAUUUCUUUACUUAGAAGAUAUAGCUGAACACAAACUUGGGAUUUUUACAGGAGAAAAACAGCAGGUUUAUGAAAUACACUUUAAAAUAUCCUUGUGUAUCUUUAUUUAUCAGAGAUUGGCAGUUAAUUGGCUAUGUAAAAAGUGUCAAAAUACCCUUGGAUAAAUAGCCUGAUCUAUCUACUUUAUAUAAAUACUGAGAUAUACUUUUCUGUGGCAAUUUUAUUUUCUGUAAUGGCCGAUUAGCUUAGAAGACACACAUACCAAAUUCUAAAAUCGCUCCACAUUGAAAUGUAUUUAUCUCCUUGUAAUUUGUGACCUGUAACUACCAAAGUUAAAACUUAAAUCCUGGUGGUAACACCUAAGGGUCAGGAAUACAUGUUUGUGUUCCUGACCCCAUAGGGAUCCUUUAAAUUCCAGAAUUCCAAGGGAAAAAAACAGUUAUUUGCUGCCAGUCUCAAUCACUCCCUGCCCCCACACUCUGUAUAGGUUUUACACACACUCCCCUAUAGACAACAUAUCCAUUAUAUACACACACACACACACACACACACACACACAAACUAGUUCCCCCUAUAGACACACUGCACCACCUACACAUACACACUACAUUCCCUAGUCACACUCUGUACAGCCCAUACAUACCCUACAGCCCCAGUGCACACACUAUUCGCAAAACUAAAACCGACCUAUUUAGACAAAACACCACACCACAAACUACCCACAAGCAGCUUACAAACACAUGCACAAUACUUUUUUUUUUCCUCUGGUGUCUCACUUAUGGAGACAGCAGAGAUAAGUCACAAGCAAAUGCAGUGCAAGGUAGUUUGCGCUGUGCAAAGCAAAUACAGAUCUUUAGCACGGCUCUGCAAAUCCAUUGCCCUGGAAGAGCAGUAAACGAACAUGCUCACUUUGAGGAGUAGUGUGCUUGUCAUUGGUGAUAACACAACACCUCCCCCCCCUGCCCUUGCCCACUUGUUAUGAAAAAAGGCUUGGUCCAUUUUUUUCCCAGUCCAUCCCUAGUUCUGAGCCAUAAAACCUCAGAAAUAAACAUUUUCAAAAAGUUUCCUCACUUUUGGCAACAAGUGUAUAAUUAUAUUAAAAUGUGUUUUUUUUUGUUUUUUUUUAAGUCUUGGGAUUAGCUCAUUCCCUUUAAAGGAACACCAUUAGCUUCAAAACAACUUUAUCUUGAUGAAGUAUGUAAGUGUUUACAUAUGCCCCUCCAGUCUCAUUGCUCCAUUCUUUGUCAGUUAGGAAUUAAACAACUUUUGUGUCUGUUUACACAGUCUCAUCCCUUGGCUGUGAUGUGACUCCGUGAAAUAAUGGUUUGAUUCAGAUCUUAAAGCGGCACUGUCAUGCCGAAUCUCGUUUUUUUUUUAACCCCCCUCCCGCCUCCACUACAUCCAAUUGACCCACUAGUCACCCCCAAAUGCCCCUAAGCCCCCCACAUUACCUAUUUUUUAAUCCUUAUUUUCUGCCCCGAUCUUAUUCAGGGCGCCGCCAUCUUUGUGUGGGUAGAUGAAGUCCCUGUGGGACACGUCAUCAGCCCACGCUAGAUAGCCUGUGAGAUUCCCGCACAUGCCCAGUGAAACACCUGGACAUGCGAACGGGAAUUUCAUCUAUUCAUUCAUUCAUUCAUUCAUCCAUCCAUCCAUCAGACAGACGAAUGAAUGAAUAGAAAGAUCAGCCGAACAAACUAACACAAUGUAUCAGUGUUAGUUUGUUCGUUCAGGUUAUUACAAGGAGGGAGCUACCGGCACGCAGCUCCCUCCUUGUAAUAUGUAAAGAUAGAAGCGGCAGGGAGCAGUGCUCCCCACCACUUAAUAAACCCCCCCAGGUCCCCCUCUCACUCUAUGGGGGUCAAUAUGACCCCCAUAAUUGCACAAGGGAGCUUAAAAUCUCCCAAAUGCCCCUACUCGCUAUACCGUGAGUAGGGGCAUGUCUACUAAACAGUGAGCAGCCUCUGGCUGCUCACUGUUGAAAAAAAAUGACAUAAAUUACAAUAAGGGGGGGCGGACCUAUUGUCCUCCUCCCCUCCCCCCCCUGAGCGGCGGGUGGGGGCCAUGAAGAUAAUGAGGGGGGGGACCUGCCUUCUCCCCCCCCACCCCCCCCUGCGGGUGGGUGGGGGCCCUAAUAAAACAAUAAGGGGGGGGGACCUACUGUCUUCCCCCCCUGGCCCCCACCCCUGAGCGGUGGGUGGGGGCCCUUAUAAAACAAUAAGGGGGGGGACCUACUUCCUCCCCCCCUGGCCCCCACCCCUGCGCGGUGGGUGGGGCCCUAAUAAAACAAUAAGGGGGGGGACCUACUGUCCUCCCCCCCGGCCCCCACCCCUGAGCGGUGGGUGGGGGCCCUAAUAAAACAAUAAGGGGGGGGGACCUACUGUCCUCCCCCCCCUGGCCCCCACCCCUGAGCGGUGGGUGGGGCCCCUAAAUGAAACACCCCCCCCAAUCAAGGUGACUAGGGGUCCCAAGCCCCUAGUCACCAACCCCCCACCCAAAAAAACCUAUCCCCUACCUACCCCCCUCACCCUACAAAUAGUGAGGGGGGAAUAAAAUAACUAACCUGUAAAAAAAAAAAAAAUGAAACUUACCAUUUGACGUCUUCUUUUUUCUAAAAUCUUCUUUCUUCAGCCCCCAAAAAGGCCAAAUAAAAAUCCAUUAUACCCGUCGCACUUUAAAAAAAAAAAACAAGCGCCAAAAAAAAUUAAUCCAUGUUCGCCCUUCGAGGGCACGCCGCGUACUGAGCUCCGCAGGGCGGGUCAAGGCUUAUAAAGCCUUGCCCCGCCCUGCAAUUAGGCUUAGAACACUCUGAUUGGUGGGUUUAAGCCAAUCAGCGUACUCUGAGUCAUUUUACACAGCGUGAGCUCAGUCUGCGGCGUGCCCUCGAAGGGCGAACAUAGAUUAAUUAUUUUUUUUUGCGCUCUUUUUUUUUUUUUUAUUUAGCCUUUUUGGGGGCUGAAGAAAGAAGAUUUUAGAAAAAAGAAGACGUCAAAUGGUAAGUUUAAUUUUUUUUUUACAGGUUAGUUAUUUUAUUCCCCCCUCACUAUUUUUAGGGUGAGGGGGGUAGGUAGGGGGUAGGUUUUUUUGGGUGGGGGUGACUAGGGGCUUGGGACCCCUAGUCACCUUGAUUGGGGGGGGUGUUUCAUUUAGGGCCCCCACCCACCGCUCAGGGGUGGGGGCCAGGGGGGAGGACAGUAGGUCCCCCCCCUUAUUAUUUUAUUAGGGCCCCCACCCACCGCUCAGGGGUGGGGGGGCCAGAGACAAGUUUCCCCCAUGUAUCUUUUAUUUAGGGCCCCACCCACCGCUCAGGGGGGGGGGCCAGGUUCCCCCAUCUUUAUUUAGGGCCCCCACGGGCAUGGGGGGGGGUUAUUAGUUUGUUUUUGUUUUUUUUUUACAGUGAGCAGCUAUAAGCUGCUCACUGCUUACUACACAUGCCCCUACUCGCAGUAUAGCGAGUAGGGGCAUUUAAUUUACUAAUACUAAGUAAUCUUUACUUAGUAUUAGUAAAUGUGGCUGAAAGACCAAUUUAGGUCUUUCAGCCUUUUAGUAGAUAACUCCCUGAUACCGUGGGAAUUAGGGAGUUAUCUACUAAGCGGCUGCAAGAUGCAGCCACAGCAAGAAUAGGAUUGGAGUUUCAUUCAUUAGAAUGAAAUUCCGAUACGAACAAAGUGCCGAAUUGCGUUCUAAAAGAAACGAACAUACUGUUCUCCUUCAGUUAGAACGCAAUUCGGCAGUUUUGUGUAAAGUGACAGGAAGCAUCGUGGGAACACAGAGGGAAGGUAAGGAUCAUGGUAAAAUUGCCCUGACCAGCGGAAAUGAAGCACACUUUGCUCCUGCGCUGGUCAGAGCUGGUCAAGCGGAGGAAUCCUCCAUAAGGCAAAGAGUCCCUACUUUGUCUUAUGAUUUUAAAGAAAACUAAAGAAGACAUGAAGAAAAGAAGAACCGAUCCUGAGAGAGGGGGAGAAGAGGAAGAGAUUGAGGAAAGGUAAGUUCGGCAUGACAGUGCCACUUUAAGAUCCCCCUUUUUUUUUUUUUUUUUUUUGCUUUGUUUACAUUUUACAAAAGUGCAGAUUUCAAUAGAAAUUAACCGUGCUACACUCUCCUGGCUAUCAAUCAGGAAACCUGUCCUGUUCCUGGUUGUGUAGCUCUGUGGAACUAAACUCAAGAGGCAGGCAAUUGCUCAAAGCACUCAUUGAGUUACAUUGGAAAGUCUGUGGUUGGACAGCCACAGAAACUCUGGAUGGGUUUAGAAGAAGAGACUUGCAAAGGCUUUGGACAAGAGACAAAUACAUGUUUUCAUUGUGGGGAUAUUUACGUAACAGUGAUUUUUAUUUAAAUAUAUAUUUUUUGUAUUUGUUUCCUUAAACCAGACACAUUGUUAAACAAGUGUAAAACAUAAUUUAUAAAACUAGUUAAAAACAAAUUCUCUACUAUUAAAUAGAUCUCACAUUUUAAUUUAAUGCUAGGAAUCCUUAUUUAAAAUUAUUCUACUUUUCAUGUUUGUUUCUCUGACUCAUGAUCAUAUAAUACUGGAGAAAAAAUACAAUAUGCAGCUUAGUCAGGCCCAAUGGUGAAACCUUAAUUUAAUAGAAGAGUAUGCCAAAAUACAAAUGUUCCUUUUAUUAAUGUAACAAUACCCUUGAUAGAGGGACAUGUGUCUCUAAACAUUUGUAUUUUGGCUUGCUCAUCUAAUAAAUUUAGAUUUCACCAUUGGGCCUGAUUAACUAAACUGCACGUUAUACUUUUUCUCAUGUUGAUUUUUUUGCUAAUCCACCCAUAGCAAUCUAUGUACUUAUGCUGCGCUAGAUAAAAAAAAUGUUCUGCUACAUUUUAGUCUGCAUACUCCUACAUAUUCCCAUUUGUGAUUCAUAUAAUACUAGGGAUGAUUGGUGAUAGCUGAAGUGUAUUAUUUAAAAAAAAUAUAUAUAUAUUUUUUUUUUUAUAUAUAUAUCUCAUUUUUAACCAAAAUAUAUGUUGCCUGAACUUUAUUAAGGACUGGGAAGAGCGAGAGGAAGAGCAUAAUUUGCUUAUUGAAAGGAUCCUUCUGCUGGUGCGCAAUAUCCUUCAUGUUCCUGCUGACCCAGAGGAAGAAAAGGUAUGAUUGCAAAAACCCAGGUGUUUUUAGCUUUGCUUCUGACCCACAAGAGUGCUAGCAUACUGUUAGGGUAAGUUUAACUUACUCACAUUUCAGUUGUCCUUCUUUUAUAUUAUCGUGAAAUGCACAGAUCAUUUAUCACUAUCCUGAUACCCAUAUUUUCUGUGACAGUGGGUACACAAAAAUAGGCUGUGUACUGAUCCAGAUCAGGAGCUGAAAGGCUUCAUGAUUAUAAUUGCCUUGCUGCUUAAUCAGUUGUUUAACCCCUUAAGGACGGAGCCAAAUGUACACAUUGUGAACAAAACAAAAUGUAAACAAAACCUGGCAUUUGCGCUACAUGUCUGUCCAACCGUAAUUCACCUCUUUCAUAGUAAAUGCACCCACCCUUAUUAUAUAUCAUUUUAUUCAGGGGAAACAGGGCUUUCAUUUAAUAUCAAAUAUUUAGCUGUGAAACAUAAUUUAAUAUGAAAAAAAUGGGAGAAAAUAAGAUUUUUUUUGAUUUUUUUAGUUCUACAUGGCAUUUUAACGGUCAGUGUCAUAAUACUGUUUGCUUUUACUGCAAUAAAAUACACAUAUUUAUAUUCAGUAAAGUCUCACGUGUAAGACAGUACCCCCUAUGUACAGGUUUUAUGGCGUUUUGGGAAGUUACAGGGUCAAAUAUAGCACGUUACAUUUGAAAUUGAAAUUCGCCAGAUUGGUUAUGUUGCCUUUGAGACUGUAUAGUAGCCUGGGAAUUAAAUUUACACCCAUAAUGGCAUACCAUUUGCAAUAGUAGACAACCCAAGGUAUUGCAAAUGGGGUAUGUCCAGUCUUUUUUAGUAGCCAUUUGGUCACAAACACUGGCCAAAGUUAGCGUUAGUAUUUGUUUGUGUGAAAAAUGCAAAAAAAACGCCAAUUUUGGCCAGUGUUUGUGACUAAGUGGCUACUAAAAAAGACUUGACAUACCCUGUUUGCAAUACCUUGGGUUGUCUACUAUUGCAAAUGGUAUGCCAUCAUAGGGGUAAUUUUCAUUCUUGGGCUACCAUAGGGUCACGAAGGCAACGUAACCAAUCUGGCGAAUUUUAAUGUGAAAAAAUGAAACACAAGCCUUAUAUUUGACGCUGUAACUUUUGAAAACACCAUAAAACCUGUACAUGAGGGGUACUGUUGUACUCGGGAGACUUCGCUGAACACAAAUAUUUGUGUUUCAAAACAGUAAAAAGUAUCACAGCAAUAAUAUCGUCCGUGUAAGUGCUGUUUGUGCGUGAAAAAUGCAAAAAACUUCACUUUUACUGGCGAUAUCAUCAUACUGUUUUGAAACACUAAUAUUUGUGUUCAGCGAAGUCUCCUGAGUAGAACAGUACCCCCCAUGUACAGGUUUUAUGGUGUCUCGGAAAGUUAUAGGGUUAAAUAUAGUGCUAGCAAAUUAAAUUCCCUUUACUUUCGGCAUGGGUUGUCAGGCAGGUCCUGGUAAUUGUAAUUAAUUAAGAUACCUAAUUAUGUAAAAAUAUUACAUAAAUAUAUAUGUAUAAUUAAUAUAUGUAUAUAUAUACGUAUGUGUAUAUAUAUGUAUAUAUCUAUAUAAUUUUUUAAAAAUAUUUUUAUUUAUAUAUAGGUAUAUAUAUAGUGAUAUAUACGUAUAUAUUUAUGUAUAUAGAUAUAUAUAUUAUUUCGUUAUACGUGUAUUUUGAUAUAUAUAUAUAUAUAUAUAUUAAUUUCACAAUACAGUUAGAACUAAAUAACACACAUCUAUAUAUUUUUAAUUAUUUAUUUUUAAUUAUUUUUUUAAUUUUAUUUUUUAACGUAUUUACAUUUUUAUUUUUUUUAUAUUAUAUAUAAAUAUAUAUGUAACAAUAAUUAUAUAUAUAUUUAAUCAGUAUCAGUCUACGUGUAAUUUGAUAUUAAUAUAUAAUUAUAUAUAUAUUAAUAGUAAAAUACACCUAGACGGUGUACGUGUGUGUAUGUAUAUGUGUAUAUAUAUACUUAGAUCAUAUAUAUAUAAUAUAUAUAUAUGAUCUAAGUAUAUAUUAUUUUUUUUUUACACCAAUAAAUGUAAUUUUAAUUUUAUUUCCAGCCAGCAGGGGGACCACCUGCCAUUACAGGCAGCCCCCCUGCUGGCAAUGCAGGAGGCAGCCUACCCGGCCAUGUGAUUGUGGGGUCCUCGCUAGGACCCCACUCUCACAUGGCCGGGGAGCACCGGAGGAGAAGGAUCUGCCGCGGGGGGGCUCCCUGGGAGUCCCCCCCACCGCGAUCGCCGGCGACCGGGUAAGUUAACAAAAAACGGAGGGCGUACAAUUACGCCCGGCGGCGUUUAGAGCCGCCUAUUAGAGGGCGUAAUUGUACGUCCUCCGGAUUUAAGGGGUUAAAUUAAUUUGAGCACUUCUGUGUCUGUUUACAGUUCUCAAAAUGUGUCUGCCUUUUCUCUGUAUUAUGACUGAGUUUAAAGGUAUUCUGAGCUUAACAUAACAUUAAACAUCUAAUCUUAUUGGACCAUUACUAAACUAGAGAAAAUGUUAACAUAUAGUGUACUCAAUUGUUUUCCAUUUACACGUCUUUCAACAUACUUUCAUAACAUAUUUAUAAACCUGUGGAAACACAGAAAUGUAUAAAAAUCUUUGUUUCCCUUUAUAUGGCCAUAAAGGUAUUCAUGCUAUUAAUAGCUUUUCCCUACUUCGCAUAGCUACAGGCUCGAAUAUGUGCAGUCCUGAAAAUAAUAUAAACGAAGCAUUAAGUUAGAUUCUAAUUGGUAAAACUGCAACUUAAUCCUAAGUAAUUUAGAAUCAAAUUACAUAAAAUUGCCAAAAUGAGCGCGCUUGAACUGAUGACAAACUAGAUCUAGAAGUAAAAAAACUGAAUAUAGUGCAGACAAUCUGAAUUGUGUAAUACACAGUAGGGGGUAAAGGGGAGAACUCACAUGGACCAGAGCCAUUUCACCCCUGGCUCUGGGUUUGAAAAGCUCCACUAGAGAGGGAAGUAUUCCACACUGUGCUGAUAGGAUCUGGAUGAUAUGUUCCCAGUAAGCAGAUGGUUCUAUGCAAAUACAGGACAGAGCGAGGCAGAAACCCCCUAAUUAAAUAGUAGCGUUUUCAAUUUAUUAUAAAAAAAGAUUAAAAACUCUUACUUUGCAAUUUGUGUGAUUGCCAGCUAAAACUACCCACAUAAAAGCAUGUGUAAACAGAAUAAAUGGCCUGCACCAUUCAGUAGUCACUGCUGGGUUUCGCCAGUCCCGAUCAUGUGAUCUCUUCUGGGCCCGCCUCUCCUGUGACGUCACAUGUGACGCGUUUCACCCGCCUUUCUGGGAUUCUUCCGAGAAUCAAAUCACAUCUAUACAUUGUGCUAGAAGAAUUGUUAUCAAACGUCUAGAUUUCUCUAAAGUCGGAGGUUAAACAGCCUUUUCUCUGUUCCUCUCAUUGGUUCAUUGUGUGGCGAUCAGCACGGUGAUAAGGCUCUGCUCUGCAUGUUUGUGUCUGCAUGUUUAUCUGUGUUUCUACUGCUUGAAUUCAGGCUAACAGAAAGUGAUAAUAGCAAGGAGGGACAGGCUUUGUGUGAUAGCAACAGCAUUCAAGCUGACAUCACCUGCAAUUUCCUCAAAUCCAUUGCUUCUUAUAGAAAAGUAAUGGAUUUGAACUAGGCAUGUGCAGCCAGACUCUGUCCUAAAAUCAAAUGCGGAUUAUCGCUGCAUUUGGAGGAGUGCAGAGUUUCACUCGGUUCUAGUGGAGAAAUCCCCUCUACUGGCGGACUACAUUUUAUGUGCAGCUGCCAUUCAGCUGAAUACAGUCGAUUAGGAAACCUUUUCUCUUCAUACUAAAGAGAAUGCAAAUAAUCUACAUUGUAAUUGUGUAGGAUGAAAACCUCAAAGCCCAAUUUUGUAUACACUGCUGUAUAUAUUAUCUCUAAUAAUAUUUUCACAUGAUCAUUCUAAAUACAACCGUAGAAAAAUGAAAAUGUUGCUUUAUCAAUUACUUCUCAAUAGUAAUGCUCGCUUUCUCUUUCAGAAUGUAGACGAUGAUGCCAGUGUUCAUGAUCGGGUGCUUUGGGCAGUGCACAUGAGUGGGAUGGAUGACCUUGUAAAAUUUCUGGCCAGUUCUGAUACAGAGCAACAGUGGUGUAUGCAUAUUCUGGAGACUGUUUCUCUUAUGUUCAGAGAUCAGGUAAUUCACAGUUCAUUGUAAGUAUGCAAAUGGUCUGGGGCCAGUGCUUCUCAAAACACUUGUAAACAAAAAAAUUUUUGUCCCACAAGAACCUUUAAUAAUAACCAAUUUGCCAAUGGUUUUAGAUGCCGUUAACACACAGAAGAAAACAGUGGGGGUAUAUUUAGCAAAGCUUGGGUUUUAUAGAAAUGGAUAUAAUCCGGUGAAAAUUUGCUGAAAUUUGAUGGAAAGUGUUGUAUAUACUAAAGCUAAUUCUGUUCCGAAAUCAGUCAAGCUGACUGAAUCGGCACCAUCUCCCACAUGCUUUCUGUUUGUCUAAAUAAAGUUGCUAUGGUGCCAGGAGGCCCCUGGGAACACUUACCUUAAGGUGAGAAUCCAGCACCUGUCUCAGCUCCCCCAGAUGGCAUCCAGCUUCUGAAAAGCCAAUCUCUGUAAGCUGCCCGGUGGCACUCUGUACUUCUGGAAACUGAAACGUCAGAAGCCAGAUGACACCUGGGGGAAGCAGAGACCGGCGCUAGAGGCUCAAUUUGGGGUUAAACCUUUUAAGAACAUUUUAAACCCCAUGAGGUAAGUGUGCCUAGGCGCCUCCAGACACUAACUUCAUUUGGAUGACGUUAUAGUGCCUAAACUGUCCCUUUAAAAUCUGUGCAUACGAACCUUAUACAAAAUAUACGAUUCAGAAUAUUUACCAUGCACUGAUUUUAAUGUAAAUUGGGACCGAAUGCAUCUAGCAGGAUGCACGUUAGCGAGCGAAUGAUAAUUUGAAGUACUAAUUGUCCACUGGCAUGGGCAUGCAUGCAGAUAGUGUAAAAAAAACAAACACCAUGGCAGUGUGAGAGCUGGAAAGCGCUUGCUAGCCAUCGCAACGUUAACAUGUUUAAAAUAAAUAUCCUAUGGGAAUCAUUGGGAACCUUUCAAACCUUCCUAGGUAUGACAUGGGUUAGGGCAUGUCUACUAAACAGUGAGCACCUAGCAGCUACUCACUGUAUUAAAUCUAGAAACUGGGCAGCUAUUGGGAUGAGGCCUGUAAAAUAUAAGUUCUUAUGAGUUACCACCAAUGGGUGGGGGUUGGUGGAUUUUAUUUCAUUAGGUUACCAUACUAAAGCUGCAUCCUGUUAUGGAUAGAUAUGGAACCAUAGGUACUGGCACUAAUGCAAAUUAAUUUUUUAUUUUAGUUUAUUAUUGUUGCUAAAAAAUAAAAUAAAUGUAAAUGUCUUUAUACAAGGUUGUGGAAUACUGGAGUGCAAAAAGUUUGACCCAAAUAAAGUGUUCUUUAAAUGCUUUUCAGAAUGCAGAACAGCUUGCUGCAACUGGUCAGGCACGUUCAAGAGACCCUGAUGUAAAAGAUUUGGAGAUCCUGCGUCAGAGGGAAAUGGCAGAGAAGAAGAGCAGAGUGUUCCAGCGCGGUUCCAGGUGAGUACUGAUCAAAGCACUCCAGUAUUUCACAACUUUCUAUAGAACAUGCAAGGCUUAGCAGAUCUGACCGGUGGACACAAAUCCAUCUGUCCAAUCUCCUAAUCCUUGCAUUAAUACAAAUUAAAACUGAUAAACACUACAAACUCUUUUCCGCCAACACUGGGAUUUUCUUCCAUCAUAAUGUUACAGGGCACCUGUUAUAUUAAAAAGGUUACUACAAGCAUAAUUAGCCCUCAGGAGAGGCUAUGGUGCUAGGAGGUCCAUGCAGCCUUUUCCUGGUAAGGAGCAAAACCGUUUUUCAAUGCUUUGCCACUUACUUGGGUCUAGUUUUUGCAAAACUGCAGAAAACUGAUGCUGAUACUGCGAUUCAUUCAUUGUCUGAGAGCAGCAGCUUAAUGCUCUCUGCCAAUGAAUAAGUGUCUGUGCAUAAAAUCUGCACAGAUUUAACAUUUAGUAAGCCUCUUUCAUUCUAGGCUGUCUAAUGAAAGCUGCCAGAGGUGGAGUUUGUUCUUCUUCUUUUUUUUUUUUUCCUUCAUAUCUAUAGAUUAUUUUUUCAGUUAUAUGGCUCCUGCAUACUAAUGCAUGUAACCUAUGGAAGCUAGCAGAUCAUCAUUCAGGUUACUCAUUAUAGAUUUGGUUAUUGACUGUGUAGCAAUAAACUAAUUCAUACAUCUGCUGAUUCUAACGCUUACAAAUAUAUGUCCAGCUUUGGAUAACUGCUUUGUCAAGCUUUUGGGUACUUUUUAACUUCGCACUCGUCUUCAGGAUACUACUUAAUGGGGGGAAAAUAUCUCUCAUUAGGAAACCAUUGCUGCUAUACUUGGGUUCCUUCCUUGGAUGAUGAGAGCCCACCGUGAUAUAUGGGAUAUAGUCACUCGCAACUGAAAGAGGUAUAUAUGGAUAAGCCACAACAUUAAAGCCACUUGCUACCAAAACAACUCUGAUGUGUUGAAGCAUGGACUCCACAAGACCUUAAACUGUCACGUUCCUGAAACCAUUGCUGAACACUUUUUGCAGUGUGGCAUUGUGCAUUAUCCUUUUUGAAAGAGAACACUGCCAUCAGGGAACACCAUUACCAUGAAGGGAUGUGGUCUGCAACAAUCUCUAGGUAGUUGGUAUGUAUCCCAGCAAAACAUUGCCCAGAGCAUACCACUGCCUUCGCCGUCCUGCUUUUGUCUCGCAUUCUGCUGCCAUCUCUUUCCCAAGUAAACAGCAUUCCAGCCAUCCACCUGAUCUAAGAGAAAAUGUGAUUCAUCUGACCAGGCAACCUUCUUCCACUGCUCCAAGGCCUAGUUCUGAUGCUUAUGUCUCUAUUGAAGGCGCCUUCAGUGGUAGAUAUGGGCACUCUGACCGGUCUGUGGCUACACAGUCCCAUACACCGCAAACUGCGAUGCAUUGUGUGUUCGGACACCUUCCUAUCACGCCCAGCAUUAUAAAGGGACACUAUGAUCACCAAAACAACUUAAGCUUAAUGAAGCAGUUUUGGUGUAUAGAUCAUGCCCGUGCAGUCUUACUGCUCAAUUUUCUGCCAUUUAGACGUUAAAUCACCUUCUUACAUGUGCAGCCUCUGAUUCUUAGUCUGGACCAGAUGCUCAAGAUGCUACAAUAGGUUUCUUUUCCAUCUAGGAAUAGAAUGGAAAAUUACAGUUCUUUGAAAAAUGGUUUUCUUCCUGUAAUUUUCUCUGCCAGGAGGGUUGCUGAACAUUUUUUUUUUUGACUUGUUAACCUUAGAUUGACAAAGAGAGCAUUUUGUAUAUGUGGCAUGUUGAAGCCACUAGUCCCUUUAGGAAGGGCUCUUCCACUUUUCUAGACCUUGUUAGGGUCAAAAGGUUUUUGCUAACUCUUUUGCCAACUGGCUUAAGUACAUGAUGUGGGUAACUUGUGCCCUGCCUAACAAGCCUGAGUGGUAUAGCUACCUCCAGGUAGAUACUUGGUCAUCUUGUAUACAUUUGCCGAAGUUUGUGGUUUUGAUGUUUUAUGUCCAUUAAUAGUAUGCAUGCUUUUGGUAGGAUGGUGAUAUGGGCCUUAGCUUGUGAUUCAACUGCCCUGCUCACUUUCUUCCUCCCCUGCUUUACUGAGGAUUCUAGAGUAGGUGCUUGAGUAGGAAGAGUGUGCUGAAGUAUUGCUUUGAGUUAUACCUCUUCAUUUUGGGAGGGACUUGUCACAAAUGUCACGACUCAUGAACUCUUACCAUCUGGAAGGAAAACAAUUCGUCAGGUAAGGCACACAUUUUUGUUUUUGCUUAAGGCCUUCUUUUGCACUUGAACAGCGUGAAGCGGUGUGUAAUGAUCAUCUUUUUUGUGUAUUCUUCAGGCAUUCUCGAUUUGGUGGAUCUUAUGUGGUUCAAGGCUUGAAAUCUAUCGGAGACAAAGAUAUCAUUUACCACAAGGGUCUUCAUAAUGUAAGAUUGUUUUAACUGAUCAACUGGGUUCCUUCUGAAGGUCUUAUCAAAUGUGAUGGCAUAUCAUUGUUCAUUUAUAAUUUACCUCUAAUUAGAUAGUGUAGAAAAUUAUUUACUUGCCUCAGUAAAAACAAAAAAAUAGAUUUUUGUCUGUAUUUUUUUUUAACAUAUUGAUUCUCUUUGCAAUUAGUUUAAGAAUUAUACCCAUGAUCUUGGAAAAGACAUGAAGAGGGUUCCAAAGAGACGACAACAGGCCAGGGACACUGAGCCACGCCGCCGCUCAGCACUUAAUGUCCGUCUGUUUCUGAAGGAGUUUUGCAUUGAUUUCUUGGAGAACUGCUAUAACCGGCUCAUGUGCAUUGUGAAGGUGAGUCAGGUGCACAUGUGUGCUCUUUUCCUGCUGAGAUAAUCCAAGCACACAUGUGCUCUGCUUCCCAUAAUGCCUAGCAUGCACAGUUGAACAUCCUUCUCUUGAUUCUGUGCUUACAGCAUCAUGGUAUGAAGUCCUUUUAAAAUGUAUGCCAGGCUAUGCCCAGACCGUAUGUAAUGCAAAAAGUAAUUUUUAUAUGAAAACAAAAUACUUCCAAUAAUGUGUGGUACAUAAAUGUAUGCAUCUAUCCCUUUAAUGAUUUGAUUAUUAGUAUCCCACAUGCACAAUAUUAAACUUAUGCUAUUGUUUGUGAUAAAUCUUAAGCAAAUCGUUGUGUAGAUGAGAAUCUGCCAAGCCAGCUCAUCUGGUUUUGUGACUGCUUGUCAUUCAGGACCACCUGAUUCGGGAGAAGGCUCAGCAGCAUGAUGAAACUUACUACCUAUGGUCAAUGGCUUUUUUCAUGGCCUUUAACCGGAAGUUCCGCUUUAGACCAGAGCUCGUGUCUGAGACUGUUAGUAUCAGGACCUUUCACUACAUAGAACAAAACCUCACUAACUAUUAUGAGAUGAUGGUAACUGACAAGAAAGAAGCUUCAUCUUGGGCACGCAGGUGAGUGUUGCAUGGGCACUCCAUUAAAGAAAUAAGCACUCCUAAAUCAAGAAGACACAGUAACCACCAAAGUACUUCAGCAAGUUGAAUUGCAUUAUGGGUUUAGAGUGUUCCUUUAAGAGACUUACAGUAAGAAUUUGACUUCCUUCUUUGUUACCACUACUACCCCUUUUUAAGUUUGGGUUUUUGUAGAAGGUAUCUACAAGGCUAUGAAGGCACACUUAUAAAGAAAAAUCUGAAUACAUUUAUCUUGGUCUUUUGUUUAAAAAAAAAAAAAAAAACCUAUUUAGGUUAGAAAUAUAGGUAGAUCUUUGUGUGAGCGGUCAAUAAUAGCAGGGUUUUCUAACCUACAUUGUGUUUAUGGGUACUCUUCAGCAUACAGUGAUAUAAAUUGUUUUGCAUGAUUGGACCCUUCUCCCAGAAUGUCAGAACAUGAAGUGGGUGCUUUAACAACAAAUUUCAGUGCUGCAGAAUAUGUUGGCGCUUUUAAAAAUGCCGGUAAUAAAUCAAUUUUUAUUUUUCAACCCAUGGUUUUGUAAUGGCUCUUAGUAAUGGCACAUAGUUUUCUUUUGUGUUCCAAUUUAUCUAUAUUAUUUGUAUGUUAAAUAUAAAAUAAUACACAUUCUUCUCAUGUAAUAGAAUGCACUUGGCCCUGAAAGCGUAUCAGGAACUUCUGACUAAUGUAAAUGAAAUGGAUCAUUCAAAAGAGGAGGCCGUCCGAGAAAGCAGCAAAGUCAUUAAAAGUAAGUCUUCCUGUUAUGUGAUGCUCAUUAUGUAUGUUCUUACUGUGUUUUGCCUUUAUUUAAAACUUUUGCAGCAUACCCUUAAGGACAACAACAACUGUCUAAUUCAUAACCGAAACAAACCAACAUUUUUGAUAUGCAAGUGUCAACCUGUUAUUUUUAUCUAUUUUGCUCUUUUGUGUUAAGGGAAUCCUCCGGCACCAUAACAACUUCAUUGAAAUUAAGUUGUUAUGGUGCCAUUAGGUUCCAGGUGCUUCCUUACCUUUAGGAGUUGAACAGUUUAUGAACAGUUUAACCUCAACGUCUACUUUACUCUGCAGCUCCAUUUCAUUCUGUCCUUGUAGGCGGAGGAAUGGGAUUUCUGAUGAUGGAUAGUCAGAAAAUUUCUGUCAAUGAAAAUUUAAAUACUAUGUAACAUGUAAAAGCUUUGCCAGCUUUUUAAAUAUACAAUAUCACAUUUGAGACAAGCCCUAAUUCUGGCAUGCCUCUUUGCUUCCUUGAUAUGGUAUACUGUAACACAAUAAGGAACACUAUUUGUCUUUCCAUAUUGGCACUAUCUAAACCUGACAAUGCAUUGUUCAGUGGUUUGGCCCCUGAGGUUCAGCAAGAGCCAAUCAUCUUAAACUGAGUUCUUGCUUUCUCUCUCCUUCCAUGUGAACCAGACUGUGUAAGCUAAUAGCAGUGGUCAUUCAUAUGGCUGCUAUCAGUUUAGUUUAAUUUAGCAAUAUCCACUCAUAUAUGUUGAACAAGGAAUUAUGUGCCAAGUGUCUCUUCCUGGUUAGAGAGGGGUCUCUUUAAAUGUAUUUUCUUACAAUGCAUAAAAAGGAUCAUUUGCCCCAUAGUUAAAUUUGUAUUUCUCUACGACUAUAUAAAACCAGGUUUUUUUUUCGAGAUGUGCAAUGGCAAGACUUUCUAAAUGUUUGCAUGGGGUAUAAACUGGAGCAAGAUACUGUCAAAAUAAUUAAUGCCAAGUUCACUUGGCAUAUCUUCUUCUCUGCAGAUAAUAUUUUCUACUUGAUGGAGUACCGGGAACUCUUUCUAGCCCUUUUCAGAAAAUUUGAUGAAACCAAACAGCCACGGUCUUUCUUGAAAGACCUGGUAGAAACCACUCAUUUGUUCCUCAAAAUGCUGGAAAAGUUCUGCAAAACAAAAGGGACAAUUGUGGUCCAGGUAAGGUGUGUUUUUUUAUUUUUUAUUUUUUUUUACCUAUAGUUAGGUCGAAGUACAGCUGCAAAAACAGUGUACAGAAGCUCAGAUGUUGGCUAGGAAGGUAAUUGUUUUGCAUGUGGUGUUAAGGAACAGUAUUCUGCCACCUGCCUUGCAUUCAUGACUUGUGCCUGUCAUUAAAAGAUGCCAAUGUGUGUAAUGCUUUUAAUUCAAGAAUUGUUUCCGGGGUCAUUUUUUGGUUUUAUACAACUUAACCAUAAGACUGUUAACUUUAAUUGUAUUCAUUUUAGCAUUUGACUUUGUCACGUGAAAUUAUUCUUUUUACUUUUACAUUGCAAGAUGCCAAUGUUACAUUUCUGUAUGGAAUUUUUCUCAUCUGACCUUUAAUAAACAAUUUUUGAAAGAAAAGUUGCAACAGUGCAUUUUUCAUGAGUCCUGUGAUCACCACAUGGCAUCUUUCUGAUUUUUUAGUUUCCAGACAUCUUGGUUUUCCAAUUUCCUGUUCUGUUCAGUGCAGUAGCACAAUGUGUUUGAUUUACUAUAAGAUGCAGGAAAAAGGUUGCAAUGUAUUUUGGCUGAUGUUCUUUUCUCUCUAAGAAUCGGAGGGUGAAAAAAAAGAAAAAGAAGCGUAAACAGUCUUCAGAAGAACAACACAAGAGUCCAGAGGAGCUGGAGGAAAUUUGGAAAUCGAUAUCUGAGGAACUUAAAGAAUGUGUCGUGGUAAGAGAUAAUUUAAAAAAAAAUAAAAAAUCUUAUCAAUAAAAAUAUAUUAGGAGAGGAUGUUGGAUGGUUAUUUCUUUUUAAUUUUUAUACUAUACAUCCAGGGCUCAAAAGAUCUUCCUGAAGCUGUUGUGCCUUUUGAUGCAGCCUCUGAGAUACCAGUUGAAGAGCAGAGAACUGAAGCUCUAAUUCGAAUCCAGAAUGGACUUCUAUCUGGUAAAGCACCAGAAUCCCUUGUCUUACUACGUUCUGCCAGGUAAUUAUUGUUUAGUGCAAACACCCAUGCAUCGUUGUUUUUUAUUGUGCUGGUAGAUUUGGUGAUUUUUGCCUUUGAAGUUAAGUUAUUUUAUUUUUUCAGAGAAGUCUGGCCUGAGGGAGAUGUAUUUGGAACUUUAGAAAUGGAACACGAGGAAGAGAUUGAGCUACUGAAACAAAUUAUCUUUGCAGAUCUUCCAAGUAAGAGAGAGAGAGAGAGAGUGUGUGUGUGUACACCUAUUGUAAAGGUAACAUUUUCCAUGCUCUUUAUAGACUUGUCAAUAAAAUCAUACUCUGUCUAGUGGGAAAUGAAAAUGGGCAAGGUGUCUUGGAAAUACUAACAAGUUUAAUAGUUAACCCCUUAAGACCGCAGGGCGUACUAUUACGUCCUCUAAUAGGCGGCUCUAAACGCCGCCGGGCGUAAUAGUACGCCCUCCGGUCUUUCUGUACUUACCCGGUCGCCGGCGGUCCCACGCCGGCGAUCGCGGUGGGGGGGCUCCCAGGGAGCCCCCCACGGCACGACCGUCCUCCAGGAAGCCCCCCGGCCGUGUGAGAGUGGGGUCCUAGCGAGGACCCCACAAUCACAUGGCUGGGUAUAGCUGGCUUCUGUAUUGCCAGCAGGGGGGCUGCCUGUAAUUACAGGGGGUCCCCCUGCUGGCUGAAAAUAAAAGUAAAAUAAGUUAAAAGUGUAAAAAAAUAAAAUUAUAUAUACUUAGAUCAUAUAUAUAUAUUAUAUAUAUGAUCAAAGUAUAUAUAUACACAUAUACAUACACACAUGUACACCGUCUAGGUGUAUUUUACUAUUAAUAUAUAUAUAAUUAUAUAUAUAUAUUAAUAUCAAAUUACACGUAGACUGAUACUGAUUAAAUAUAUAUAUAAUUAUUGUUAUAUAUAUAUUUAUAUAUAUUAUAUAAAAAAUUAAAAUGUAAAUACGUUAAAAAAUAAAAUUACAAAAAUAAUUAAAAAUAAAUAAUUAAAAAAUAUAUAGAUGUGUGUUAUUUCGUUCUAACUGUAUUGUGAAAUUAAUAUAUAUAUAUAUAUAUCAAAAUACACAUAGAGCGAAAUAAUAUAUAUAUUUAUACACAUAAAUAUAUACGUAUAUAUCACUAUAUAUAUACCUAUAUAUAAAUAAAAAUAUUUUAAAAAAAUUAUAUAGAUAUAUACAUAUAUAUACACAUACGUAUAUAUAUACAUAUAUUGAUUCUACAUAUAUAUUUAUGUAAUAUUUUACAUAAUUAGGUAUCUUAAUUAAUUACAAUUAGCAGGACCUGCAUGACAACCCAUGCCGAAAGUAAAGGGAAUUUAAUUUGCUAGCACUAUAUUUAACCCUAUAACUUUCCGAGACACCAUAAAACCUGUACAUGGGGGGUACUGUUCUACUCGGGAGACUUCGCUGAACACAAGUAUUAGUGUUUCAAAACAGUAAAAUGUAUUACAACGAUGAUAUCGCCAGUAAAAGUGACGUUUUUUGCAUUUUUCACGCACAAACAGCAUUAAACGGACAAUAUUAUUGCUAUGAUACUUUUUACUGUUUUGAAACACAAAUAUUUGUGUUCAGUGAAGCCUCCCGAGUACAACAGUACCCCUCAUGUACAGGUUUUAUGGUGUUUUCAAAAGUUACAGCGUCAAAUAUAAGGCUUGCGUUUCAUUUUUUUCACAUUAAAAUUCGCCAGAUUGGUUACGUUGCCUUUGAGACCCUAUGGUAACCCAAGAAUGAAAAUUACCCCUAUGAUGGCAUACCAUUUGCAAUAGUAGACAACCCAAGGUAUUGCAAACAGGGUAUGUCCAGUCUUUUUUAUUAGCCACUUAGUCACAAACACUGGCCAAAAUUGGCGUUUUUUGCAUUUUUCACACACAAACAAAUACUAACGCUAACUUUGGCCAGUAUUUGUGACCAAAUGGCUACUAAAAAAGACUGGACAUACCCCAUUUGCAAUACCUUGGGUUGUCUACUAUUGCAAAUGGUAUGCCAUUGUGGGUGUAAAUUUCAUUCCUGGGCUACUAUACAGUCUCAAAGGCAACGUAACCAAUCUGGCAAAUUUCAAUUUCAAAUGUAGCGUGCUAUAUUUGACCCUGUAACUUCCCAAAACGCCAUAAAACCUGUACAUAGGGGGUACUGUCUUACACGUGAGACUUUACUGAAUACAAAUAUGUGUAUUUUAUUGCAGUAAAAGCAAACAGUAUUAUGACACUGACGUUAAAAUGUCAUGUAGAACUAAAAAAUUUUUUAAAAAUCAUAUUUUCUCCCAUUUUUUUCAUAUUAAAUUAUGUUUCAUAGCUAAAUAUUUGAUAUUAAAUGAAAGCCCUGUUUCCCCUGAAUAAAAUGGUAUAUAAUAAGGGUGGGUGCAUUUACUAUGAAAGAGGUGUAUUACGGUUGGACAGACAUGUAGCGCAAAUGCCAGGUUUUGUUUACAUUUUGUUUUGUUCACAACGUGUACAUUUGGCUCCGUCCUUAAGGGGUUAAAGGAGAGAGAGCACAAUCAUAUAAACACAUAACUUAAACAGGUGACAGAUUGGUUAUUUGGUAAAAACUGCAAUAUUGUUUCAACUCAUAGUGAGUAUACAUGGUAUUCAUUGGCUGAGCAAUGUGGUGGUUAUGUUGCUUUUUCCAUCUGUAAUUGUAUGGCUGCUAUUGGCAGUUUUGUAUACAUUUAAUAAGAUACGUUGCUGUAACCAUCUUGGAAAUGUUAUUCAGGUAAAUAUUUGUUUCCAUUUGCUACCAGUGCCAUUAGCACAAAAUAGGUGAUAUUUUUUAUAUAGGAGUAAAAUCUCAUAUUUUUAUUUUAUUUUAUUUUUUUAUGAAUCCUAAACAAUCCCAUUAAUACAUAACAGUUCUUAAGCUAUGUAUCCGUUAUGAUCACAGAAUGAUAGGAUUAAAGGAAACCCAAAACAUUUUCUUUUUCAGGAUCUAAACAUGUUCAAGCAGAGGAUCUACCAGAAGAGGAGGAGGAGGAGGAGGAGAUUGAAGAAGAAGAACUUACCUCUGUCCAAGUAUCCGAAAAGGAGUUUAAUUUUCUGGAUUACAUGAGAAGGUAUAAAGGCUUUAUAUGAUCAAGAUGACUUGUAACUAUUAAAACAAAUCAAACUCAAACACUGUUGCCUAUUUAAUAAAUCUGUAAGAAUUAUUUACAAAAAAUGUUUUGACUUAAAGCACAUGGCUAAAGCCACAUGCUCUUUAUCUUUAAUUGCAUUGAAACAUUACCAGGACAGUUAUAACCACAGGUUAAUGAUUUAUGAAGUACUGAAACGUCCCUUUGCUCUAUACAAUAUAAAGGGAUCCAAACGGGUAAUAUAUACAAAUACUGCUAGCCUGUUUAAUAUAAUUCUGCAGAGCAUGCAAAAAUCUAACAGACUUUCUUUAUAAUUUUUUAUUAGCUGUUUGAGUAAUCUGUCCAACUCCAAGAUUUGUACUUAUUUGAUUUAUAUAAAAGACAGCAUUUACCUCAUUGUGCUGUACUAAGGGUCCUUUUUUAAAAAAAAAAAAAGGGGUGUAGGGGCUUUUUUUUUUUUUUUUAAAAGGGGCUAAAGACUGGGGGGGAAAAAAAACAUGAGUCAAAUUGGUAUGAAAGAAAAUAAGCCCUAGCUGUAAGCUUAAAAUCUAGGAGACCUAACACUUAGCAAGGACCAAUAUGGCCCAUGAAUUUACAAGCGCAGUUAUUGAUUAAAGAGAUUCUCCAAGCAAAAUGAUAAUUUUGGAGUUUUGAAGGGUUCAUGGUGCUUGUAAUUUGUACAGUGAAACGCUGCACAUAAAGAGAUCUUGAUAUUGCCAAAAGGUGUAUCCAAGUCUGGUACAGUCAUUGGCAAACAUACUUAAUGCACAGAAGGUUAUUUAUUGACUGAUGGCACUCAACUGAGACACUCAGCCAAUGAUUGACCAGCGAGAUCGACAUCUGGUCUCCGCAGAAGCCGGAUACACUUCACUACUCAGCAAAGAAGACUUGGUUCCCAACAAGGAUCCGGCUAAGAGGGCAAAAUAGUUUGCCCCAUUAUUGGGGUCUGACGCCAGAGUACUCCUCACAUCAUAACCACUACAGUGGGCUGUAGUAGUUAUGCAUGGAGUAACCCUUUAAUUGAAAAAUCUCUGGAGGAAAGUAAAGAAUUCAACGUGUGGAUAGGCAUUGCAACAGAGUAGAAGACUGCUUCAUGUGAAUUUACACUUACAAAAUAUGCUAUUCGUCAGCAUUUCUUAGGGACUGAAAACAUAUGAAUAAAAAUAUGUAUUUCUCAUAUAGCUCAUUUUCUAAAAUGGGAAGUUUUAGAAUCCAGCAAGUAGAUAUUCUGAUCAGAUUCAACACAAUUUUAUUGAUUACCAUUGAAAUGUGCUCCUAAGGCACUCUUAAAAACAACAGAGAAACCUUUGUCCUUGCUUGUAAAAAAAAUUUCAGGAUAAUCAACUAAACUGUUGGGAAUUGCAAAUUUAUGUUAGUGAAAAACCAGGCCUGAUGUAUUCUAAAACUAGAUUAUAUUUAAGUUAUGGAUUCAGGCAUAUACAUUACUAUAAUAACCGCACCCUUUCUAACGUUUUAAUAUUCUGUUAUGAUACUUGUAUGGUAGAUUUGCCAAUUCCAGUGUGGUGAAGACCUAUGUGCUGUUGUUGAAGAACUACCAGCAGAACAGUGCUCACACCAACCACUGUGCUGUGAAAAUGCUGCACCGCAUUGCUUAUGAUCUCAAAAUGGAGGCCCUUCUCUUCCAGCUCUCAGUGUUCUGCCUUUUCAAUUGUAUCUUGAGUGAUGCAGCAGCUAGCGUCUACAAGGUAAGAGCUAAUGAAACCUCUUAAAAUAUGGAUCUGAGCAUGUAGGUUUAUAUUCAAUCUUGUAUGCAGUUUCAUAACUUUCCUAAGAUCUAUCCUAGAAUAACUGAGAUAUCACUGUUUGUUUGGUAAGCUUCACUUGGUCUUCAAACAAUGAUUGUGUAAUGUUUGGAUCCUUAAAUGGUAAAAGUCUGGCCAAGUCAUCCUGAAAAAUGAAUGAACUCUGUUUGCGUUGCCAAUGCUUGAUUCAUUAAAUCAUUUCAUUUGUAAUGAGAACUUAGAGAGUAGAAUUAUCCUUUUAAAUGAUACAAUGAGUUUCAUUUUAACAUGUACCACAGGAGAAAUGCUUAACGCCAGUCUCAUGGCUAUGGUUCAUUUAUUUAUUUUUCUCAAAGUAUUUUGAAAAAAAAUGCUUCCUCUGCAGUGUUGUGGGCAACUUUUAGGUUAGAAGUCAAGUUAUUUUAGAAUGGGGGAGUGCCAAUCCACUUCUGGCACCAUAGCCACUGUAGUGGUUAUGGUGCUUGAAAUUUUCAUUUAACAUAACUAUUAUAGCAUGUUUACAGAGUUUUUAAAGCUGUAUUAUUGUAUUUUGUAUUCUUCCAGGAAUUGGUAUCCUUCUCUAAAUAUAUCCUGAACAAAUUCUUUGCCCUGGCAGCAACAAACAACAAAGCUUAUGUGGAGCUUCUUUUCUGGAAAAAUACCACUGUGGUACGAGAGAUGACAGAAGGUUACAAAAAACCUGGUGAAGAGGAGAGGUGAGGCUCUUUAUGAUACAAUGGGCAAUGUUUGAAUGCCACAUUUGGGGUCUUGAGUUAAUGAAGUACCCACAAAUCUAAAUUAGACGGUAACUUUGUGCUACUAAUGACAUUGACUAAGGGAAACCCAAAAUGUAUUUCUCUUCGGUCCUUCAGAUAAAUUGUUUGUAACACUCCCUGGGCACAUUUUGCAUCUAGUUGUGCUUUCUUGAUUUCUUUAUUUGCUGUAUUGUUAAUGCCUUGAUAUUGUUAUCUCCUCAAUACCACAGUGAUGCAAAUCGAAAGCGUUUGAAAUGGACUCCAGAGGAGGAAGAGGAACUCCGAGGCCUCUAUUUGCAAUAUAAGGAGGUGGAAAGUAAGUAUUUGUAAGGAUCCAUGCUUUUUUUGGUUUUAGGAUGGGUUUUGCAUCACAGCUUUGCUGAAAACUAUGUUGUUUAAAAGGGUGGUAAAUAUGUAGUAUAUUUUCAGUUUCCUGAUUUCUGUAAUUUUUUUAUUUUUUUUUAAUACCUAUGCUGUUUUUGUUCAGUUAAUGAAUUUAUUGUUAUGCUGAACAAUGCUAUGCCCCCCUCUUUGAAUAUAUAUUUAAACACCUAUAUACACAUUUAAAUAAUUAACUGUUACAUACUGCACUUUUUUGUGGAGCUCUGUAUAAAAAAUGCAUGCACACUACAUACUGCUCUGAAUCACCUGCCAUAUUUCCUUUUUACAUCCUCCACUCCCCAACAAUCAUAACUGUUUACCCCCUUUCCUAAAGCAACCAGUCCCUGCCAAUAAAAACGUUUAUUCCAAUUUAUUGCUCAUGUAUAUUCUUCCAUAGCCCCAAUAUCACAAAACUAUAUCACGUCUACAAUUACUCACAGCCAAACAUGUUCAAUCCCGGCAUCAUAACGUGAAGCUGAGAUGCCCACAAUCCAUUGCCUUUCUCUGGUGGCAUAUUGAGUGAGUGAUGUCACCAUUGUGCAUGCACUCUCAAUAGACACAGUGCUGCCCAGAAUAAUUGGCCUCUGUUGUGCAUUAGAACAUGACCUGCAAUUCUCUCACAACACAGAAUGAAGAUACACUGUUGCCAAACUCUUCUUUGUUGCCUACAAUCCCAGCCAUGGGCCCGACCUCAUAUAUGGCUCUCUAAAGAACAGACCAGCUUUCUGAAGCCUUUAGCAAAGGAUCUCGCUCAGUACUAACUUUCUCAAUUUCUCUGUCCUAUUGUCCAUGGCUCAGAUCAGUGUGUCAUGCACAUGGCUAAGAUCAGAGUGUCAUGCUGCCUGCUGUUUGUGUGUUGAGGAACGCUUCAAAACCCUUUCUCUGCGACAUAGAGAAACAAGUUUGAGCUGACAAUCUUUGCACACAAUAUCCUAGCAUCUUGGUGCAACCUGUUAGUCAAGUAAAAACCCUGGGUGCACCAGGCAAACAAAAAUUUUUACUUUUAAAUCUGAGCAGUGGUGGGGUUUUUGUUGGACAUUACUGAUGUAGCUAGUGCAUUAAAAUAUGUUCUAAAAAUAAAUAUAUUGAUAAAAUUGUUGGGGGUUGAUCUACAAUGCAAAUCAAUUUUUGUUAGUGAAAUUAUCCUGGAAUUGAACUUUGCUAAAGCAUUUUCAAAUCCGGUAUGUUUGCUCACAUAAUAUCCAAAUGUCUGGAGUGUCAUUUUAAGAUCAUUGAAAUAUGAAGUAUGUGUGCAUUUUAAAAGCCACUUAGCCCAUCUAAUUUGACUAUCAAAUGAUCACAGGCUUACAUUUAUGUGAUAACCUCUAGGUCCAUGUCAUCGUCUGAUGUAUUUUACACUCCAUUCAAGGUGGUAUGGUCUUUGAACUAUUGAGCCCAAAAUGUAUUAUUCACUUUUUUUUUUCUCUUCCACACUCUCUCCCUCCAUGCCCUUUUGACACAAUCCAAUCUCUAUUAUUGCAAAUAAUAAUAAUAAUAAAUGAUUAACCCAUGGUUGUUAUUCUCAGACCCUCCUCAUUUACGACCCCUUACUGUGCUGUAUAUUGUGUCAGUGAGAGUUAUGACUUGGUAAACUGUAUAAACAGAUUAAAUGUUUUAAGCUUUGAAAUGAAGUUAACCACAGAAGCAAGUGACUUUGUUUAAUUCUGUCCAGAAGCUUAACCACUGUUUUUCUUUUGUUUGCAAGAUGGUGAUGUGGUUGAUAGUAUACUGGCCAAUCUGAAGCCUGGUACACGGACCAGAAAGCAAAUCAUUAACCAUCUUGUGCAGAUGGGGCUGGCUGAAAGUGUAAAAGAUUUUAAACGUGAGGUGUAAGUACCACAGGGUCUAUCUUUUAAAAGUAUAUUCUCUCCAACAGCUAGAUGGGAUGGCAGCCUUGCUUUUCACUUGUUGUUCUGUGAAUUUUACUUACUGUUGACCAAUAUAGUUACCACUGUAAAAAAAAGCCAAAAAUGGAGAAGCCAUGUAUGGAAAAACUAAGUACACCUUAUGAUUUGAUGGCUUGUAGAACCACCUUCAGCAGCAAUGACUUGAAGUAAUCAUUUUCUGUAUUACUUUAUCAGUCUCCACACCGUUGUAGAGCAAUUUUGGCCCACUCUUCUUUACAAUGUUGCGUCAGUUCAUUGAGGUUUGCUGGUAUUUGCUUAUACACCGCUCUCUUAAGGUCCCGCCACAGCAUUUUAAUCGGGUUGAGGUCUGGUCUUUGACUGAGGUCUGGUUGUAGAUUUGCAGGUGUGCUUGGGGUCAUUGUCCUGUUGCAUGACUAAAUUUCGGCCAAGUUUUAGCUGUCGGACAGAUGGCCUCACAUUUGACUCUAGCAUACUUUGGUAUACAAAGGAGUUCAUGGUCAACUCAAUGACUGCAAGGUUCACAGUUCAUGUGACUGCAAAACAAGCCCAUAUAAUCACCCCUCCACCAUUGUGCUUGACAGUUAUUCUGAGAAGUUUGUCCUGAUAUACUGGGUUUGGUUUCCUCCAAACGUGGCAUUGGGCAUUAUGGCUAUACAUCUCCACUUUGCUCUCGUCUGUCCAAAAUAUAUUAUUCCAGAGGUCUUGUGGUUUGUUCAGAUGCAACUUUGCAAAUCUGAGCCGUGCUGACUUUUUUUUUUUUUUUUUCUCCUGGCAAACCUUCCAAACAAACCAUACUUGUUCACUCUUGUUCUAAUUGUACGGUCAUAACUUAGGGCUGUAUAGUCUGAGAUGUAACUCAGGUCUUUGCAGUCUGACCUUGGGGUGAAUUUGUUGGACGUUCACUCUUGGGAAGAUUAUAUUUUAUACAAUAGUUAUCAACUUCAAAAAGAGUGUGGACAACUGCCUUAAAUGUUUUCCACUUUUGAAUAGUCCUUCUCCCUGUAGAAUGAUGGACUUUAAAUUGUUUGGAUAAGACCUUAUAACCCUUCCCAGUUUGCUUCUUGAAAAUCAUUGCUGAUGUCUUUCCUCAAUGUUCCAGACCAGCAAACUGCUUAAACUUUGGCUAUUAGAGGUGGUCACACUUGCUUAUGAUCUGUUAAUCAAGGGCAUUUGAUAAGCAGCACCUGUCUGCUACUUAUCCUCUUAAUUCCUAUGGAAGCAGUAAGGAUGUUGUCAUGCUCUUAUGCAGGUCAGAUAGGAGACUUAUGCCAGGGUUGUUAUUUGAGACUUUAUUUGUGCUUUUAGACAUAUUAUGCAAAUUGACGAAAAAAACAGGCUUUAGGCAAUAUGCCACUAAACAGGAUACUUGCAAAGAAAGUCUCUGAUCUCCAGGUAGGUUUGAAACAAAGGCAGUUUAGUAUUAACGACAGGCUGGUUACAGAGGCAGGUUGUUAACAGUAGAAGGCUGAUAACUGAGGCAGGUUUGUAACACAGGAAGGCUGGUAAUAGAGGCAGACGUCAAAAUCAUAUGUGAGAGUGGAGCAGGGUAGAAGGUAAGUCUGGAACAGGUUCACGGGAGCCAGGAACUGAUGUCUUUCAGGUAGAUCACCAGCUUCAAUGUAAAUGAUCUGUUGUGAGCAGGGUGUAGCCUUAUGUAGCCAAAGCAAGUAAUUAGUCCUAGGCAGGUGAGGACUGAGGUGACUAGUGGCUAGGGAGGCCACUAGUGGUUGAGAGCUCGAACUUAUUUUAAAGGAACUGAAACAAAGAAAGAUAAAACAUAGCUAUUAGGAUACGAUCCUGACACAAUCUCCCCCUUCAAGAGCGGACUCUGGACGAACUGAAAAGGGUGUCAAAUGAAGAAAAGUACAAAUCACAAUAAACAGAAAUCAAAAUAAUUUCUUUCUCUUUGAUUUUCUCUUUUCCUUGUCUUUAAGCAUCUACUCAAACAUAUUGAAAUCUUUUAGAUGCACAUUUGUACCAUUUGAGGCUUUGACAUACUCAGGAGGAAUUUCUUCAGUUACACUUUUUUCUCUUAUCCUUAGUGUAGAGAUUGGUUCAUUAUUCUUCUUCAUUAACCCAGAAUUGAGAGUCUGAGGUUCAGAAGGCUUUUUUCAGGGUAGCUAGUGUACCCAAUGUUACAGGUUGGGAGGAAGAGCAGGCUGAGACUUGAUUAGAGUUGUUCUUAGGGGGUUUUCCAUUCACAUACCCCAUUAUUUUAAGAAGGUUUUCAUAAUCCCAGAUUUCUCUUUUUGGCAAGAUAGUACCAUCGCUGGCUUUCUCAAGACAUGGGGCACCAAAUGGAGGCUUUGCCGUAUUCUUCUUUGCGGAUUGGAUGAUGGGAGUCGUAGUAGCCACCAUAGGUUCUUCCAUGAAUUGUUCUAUUCCAGUCUCUUCCUUGUCAGAGGGUAGUUAAUCAUAUAGAUAAUUUUCGUCUACUAAGUAAGAUGAUAGGGAGUCAUCUGAGGAGUAAUAGGCAGAUAACUGAGUUUUCUGUGGGUAAAAUACACCGUCCUUAUGGUCUUUGUAAAAAGGGGAGUCAGGUUGAGAGGUCUGUGUGUUUGGGUCAUCGGUUACAGGAGGUUUAGGAGGUCUUCUCGGACAGAAGGAAAUGCGGUGUACUGUAUCACCACAAUAAUAGCAUAAGUCAGCUUGACCUCUUUUUUUCUAGUUCAGCUUUAGUUAGUGGUUCUCUUUUCUUGCUUUUCCUGGAAGGCGAGUUUGACUUUUUUUUUUUUUUUUUGUAUUCUCAGAUUUUUCCUUUCAGGAGGAUUGCUGGAACUUGAUUGAUCCAUACUUGUUACUGCCUUGCGUAAUUCCAAUAAACACUCAACCAAAGUUUUCAGGACAUCAGUUAACCCUGGAGUCUCUGUUUUAAGGCGUUUACAUUCUGUCUUGGUCUAGUGCAGGUUAGAUAGGAGACUUAUGCCAAGGUUGUUGUUGUUUUGAGACUUUAUUUGUGCUUUUAGACAGAUUAUGGAAAUUGAGGAAAAAAACAUACUUUAGGCAAUAUGCCACAAAACAGGAUACUUGCAAAUAAAGUCUCUGAUCUCCAGGUAGGUUUGAAACAAAGGCAGUUUAGGAUCAACUGCAGGCUGGUAGCAGUAGAAGGCUGAUAACAGAGGGAGGUUUGUAACACAGGAAGGCUGUUUACAGAGGCAGGUUUGUAACACAGGAAUGCUGGUAAUAGAGGCAGAGAUCAAAAUCAUACGUGAGAGUGGAGCAGGUUUGAAGGCAAGUCUGGCCUUUUUGGUUUGUUGCAUAUUGAUUGUGGUUUUAUACAUAAAUGGUCCCUGAGGAAGUUCUUUAACAAGAACGAAAUGCGUAGGACCUGUGGACUUUUAUUAUAUUUAUAUUUUUUUUAUUCCUCCAUAAUUUUUUUUUUUGUUUUAUAAUUAAAACCGUUUUUUGGGGAGCUUUUGUUUUGACUGGAUCAUUGGAUCAUCCUAGUAGCCGGGGCACCCUGCGGUCAUUACUGGAGGAGGAUUUCAAAAGACCCCCCAUCUACAGCGUGGGCAGGCACCUAUAAUAUGCUCUAACCAUUUGGAACUUGUGAGUGUAAUGGAAUAUUUUAUUUGAUAACCGUUCCAGACAAUAUUGCACUAUGUUUUGUCCUUAAUUUUAGGCACAUCAGCAGAAUCCCUAAAUUCCCUAUCUUUUAUAUAUCUGUUAUCUGGUUACCAACUGGGAGGUAACCGUGGGAAGCUGUGUACCUAUAAGUUAAGUUGUUUUAUUAUUUUGCAUAUAUCACUUUAACACUGGUGGUUUGCAAUUUUGUUUCUUUUAAAGUUAUAUUGAAGGCAAGUCUGGAGCAGGUUGGUAUGGAGCAGGGUAGAAGGUAAGUCUGGAACAGGUUCACAGGAGCUAGGAACUGAAGUCUUUCAGGUAGAUCACCAACUUCAAUGUAAAGGCUCUGUUGUGAGCAGGGUGUAGCCUUAUGUAGCUAAAGCAAGUAAUUAGUCCUAGGCAGGUGAGGACUGAGAUGACUAGUGGCCAGGAAGGCCACUAGUGCUUGAGAGCUGGAACUUCUUUUAAAGGAACAGAAACAAAAAAGGAAGAUAAAACAUAGCUGUCAGGAUACGAUCCUGACAGAUGUACUUAGUUAUUCACACAUACUUAGUUAUUCACACAUUGCUUCUCCAUUUUGGCUUUAUUUUUGUCUAAUCAUGACACGGUGUAAUAUUGUUGUUCAUCUGAGGUUGUAUUUACCUAAUUUUAUCUAAAUCCCUGCAAAAAGAAUAGAUGAUUGCCAUGUCCUGAUCUGUAAAAACAAAGAAUUGAGAGGUGUAAUUUUGUGUGUGUAAUUUUUAAUUUUUUUGUGUGGCGGACUUGGGCCAAACCUUGUUUUUACGGUAUUGCUUGGAAUAUAAAAUUACCCACCCUGCAGAGUACAGGGCGUGAUAACAUGAUCUGCCAGUUGAAAUAAAGUGCAAAUCAUGAUAUGUAUAAAAGGGGUUGUUGCACUUUUUAAUUACAGAAAAGGUACUCGAAUUGUAAUCUGGACAGAAGACCAAGAGUUUGAACUUCAGCAUCUCUAUGAAGAUUUUCGAGAAACAGAUGGUAAGACCUUUCCCCUCUUUCUGCACUGGCACUACAGAUUUAUGAACCUCGCCUCAUGUGACUGAAGUGAAUCCAGGUAUACUUGUACUUGAGAACUAUAGCAAAUAUAAUGCCCCAGUUUCAGAGAAACUGCAAUAAUUACCUCUGAGAGUUAACUCAUCCUCUAGUGGAUGUCUACUAGAGGGACUUCCGGAAUCAAAAUGUACCUCUGGUCCGUUACCUGACGCUGGACGUCCUACUGCUCUACAUGAGGACCUCCAGGGUCAGAUUUUUCCACAUAGAAAAGCAUUAAAUAAUGUUUACCUAUGGGGGAAAUCCUAAUAAGAGUGUGGCCAUUGCCGCACAUGCACAUUAGAUCUCGUGGAUGGAGCCGACUUAGCGCCAAGGGACAUCGGCGCUAGAUUCAAGUAAGUGAGCACCGAGGGUUUGUUUUCCUGGCACUAUAAAAUCCCUUUAAUCUACCAUCUAGAUGUACAAACACUGGUGGUACUCCUGGGACUUCUUGUAAUAUUUACCUUAUACUUUUUUAGUUUUUCUAUAAAACAUUCAUCAGGAAAAAAAUAAAUGUUAAAAGUACCCCUAUUUAUACAAAAUAAGACUUUAAAGCAAUAUAGCCCAUGGAUGAAAUGGAGGAAGAGACUGAAAAGGACAAGCUUUUAGUGGGGGCAAAAUUUUUUAUAAAAUAAACCAUGUACAAAUAAACUUUAUUGAGGUAUUACAAAAGUGUUCAAGUGUUUGUGCAAUUUACAAACUUCAGACCCCACUCCCCAUUAAUUUAUAGAGGUAAGUAUACAACAAUCUUAACAAUCACAAUACAGCAUUAUAUUGUGGCCUCUUAAGGCAUCACCAAAUGAAAGUAAAAGAGACAGCGCUUGGUUAACUUAUAGGCAGCAACCUUAAAAGGGGAUCCCUCAAACCCUUUGAAAUAAGGUGAAUAAAAAACGGUAAAAGGCUGCGCCACAAUAAAUAAUAAAAAAUAUAUGUAAAAUAGUCCAAUGGAAAGUCCAAAAAAGGGAGAAAAUCCCAAUAUUUAUCCUUACAGAUAGUCUUUGGUGGUAAGGUCUUCUACUGAUAUGGUGGAUCCACUUGGUAUGAAAGAUAAAAAGAGAGAGGGACAACCAAUGGUGCAGUAUGUAAAAUUCAAAUGUGAAUAUAAAAGAAUAAUAGUAUAAAACUCACAUUUACCAGAGCUAAUAUCCAGCUCUGGAGUAAGGCGCCUACAGCGGUUUAAAUCCCCGCUUAUGGGAUAUAAAUGGGUUCCUCUCCGUCGUUGGUGUCCAAUUCUCGGAAUAAAAGAGACAACUAAUAGUGCUCACUGUAUAGUAUUGUUGAUAAAAUAAUAAAAGAAUGUACUUACAAGGUAAGAGCAGGCCAACUGCUCUAUGAUGAUAGCUUGGGUGGAUUGAUCCCCACCUAAGGAUUUCUUUAAGUACAGGAAACUUCCAGGGAUAUUAUCCAAUGAUUUUUAUAAAACCAAUAAAAAAUAAUACUAAAAAGCCAGGGUAAAAGGAAAAGUUAUGUGUCUUUAAAAAAGUUGAUUGGCACAAAUAAAUGACCAAAAAUACUUUAAUAUGAUAAAAGAACACAAAUAUUAAAUAUCCAUAACGCGUUUCGUCAAAAAAAAGACUUUUUCAAAUGGAUUUACAUAUGAUACCUGGCUAAUAGAUGUUUUAUAAAGAUAAAACUAAUUUGAAUUUGGCGCCAAAAAUGGUACAACCAAUCAGAAUUAAAAACAAAAUUAAAACAUUAAAUUGCAUAAAUAACUCAAUAAGUGUAUAAAUAAUAAUACUAUAACAUGAUAUUAAAAUGUUUGGAUCAAAAACGAAGGUGUUAAAUUGUGUUUUUAAACAUUAAUAAAAAGUCACAUGUCCAAACAGCACUUCCGUUUUUCGUAAGUAAAACACAAUGCCACAUGGGAAAUGUAGUCAAAAUGGCCGCAAAAAACGGCCACAUGUAACAGUAAAAUAAGCAGAUGAUUGCAUAAUUAUAGCCUUCACAAAGUGUUGAUUAGAAUUAGAAAUUAAAAACGAAGGGGAGCAAUAGGUUUAGAGCUAAUCAGACUUGGUCACAUGGUUUUUCGGCACUUCCGCAAAUCGGAAGAUAUAGCCGCAAUGCAUGUAGGGAAAUGUAGUUUAACCCACAAUAACAGGAACAAAUACAGCAGAUAAAUGUACUUGCAGGGAAAAGACAGUUUACAAUUGUAAUUACAUGAGCUUGGAAACAUAAAAAAGUAAAACAAUGAUAAAUUACAUUAUUCAUCAGUAACAAUAAAAGCAUAAUUAUUUAAAGGUACAGGCAGCAACAUGUUUUUAAAAAAUUAUAAAAGAUUAUAAAAAGUUAUGUAAAUCAAAGUCUGCAUUAAGACCAUGGGGUAUAAGAGUCUGAAGUUUAUACACCCAUUCCAUCUCUGUUUUUCCAAGCAUCUUUUUUAUGUCACCUCCACGCCAGGAGGUAGAGCAUUUGGUUAUACCAAUACAUUUUAAUAGGCGCGGAUCUCUGUUAUGCAUAAUAAAAUGUUUGGAUACUGUAUGAUUUAGGUAUCCAUUUUUGAUAUUUCUGCAAUGUUCGCUCAAUCUUAUCUUUAGGCACCUUGUGGUCAUCCCCACAUAUUGGAGGCCACACGGGCACUCGAGCAGAUAAAUAACAUUUUUUGUAUUGCAACGUAUAAAAUCAUUUAUAUUGUACACUUUUUUGGUCCUAUUUGACAUAAAAUUUGUAAUUUUAGAUGGGAUAGAAUGAUCGGUGGUUUUACAUACACUGCAUUGUUCACAUCUAUAAAAACCUUUUGUCUGAGGAAAGAAAGAUACAUUAUUAGAAGGAGAUUUUUUGGUAAAAUUUCUGGUUAAAAUAGACUUAAAAUUGGGUGCUCCUCUAAAAACAAUAUUAGGAUGGAUGGGUAUGAUAGAGUUAAGUAUCUCAUCAUGUUUGAGAACUAUAGCAAAUAUAAUGCCCCAGUUUGCAAAAGAGAGGUACAGCUAUGGGGACUAGGUUUGCCCCAAGUUAUGCCAACUUGUUUAUGGCCGACUGGGAAACCGAAGCUAUUUGGAGUAACCACCCGUGGAGGGCAAACCUAGUCUCCUACUUCAGAUAUAUAGAUGACCUCUUUUUUAUAUGGGAUGGACCAGAAAACAAUCUUAUUGAUUUUAUAAACCACCUAAACAUCAACAAUAGGGGUAUCAUCCUUACAUAUGAAUAUAGUAAGGAGUCUAUUAACGUCUUAGAUCUUAACAUUUUUAUCAACAAGGGACAACUUCAAACAAAAACUUUUUUUAAACAAGUAUGUGUAAAUACGGCUAUAGACAAAUCCAGCUGCCAUUAUAAACCUUGGCUUGAGAGUGCCCCAAAAAGUCAAUUCUUACGUCUUCGCAGAAAUUGUUCAGAACUUACAGAUUUUAAUGAACAAGCAGAGGUUUUAAAAAAUAAAUUUAUGGAGAAAAAAUAUUCAGAAUCUGAUCUAAAUGCCACAAUUAGUAUAGUAAAGCAGAAAGAACGAAAUGAACUUCUAAAAUAUAAAAAUAAAGAAAAUAAUGAACUAAUAUCACUUCCAGUGAUUUUUAAUUUCAACAAUAAAAGUAAUGAUGUUAAAAAAAUAAUAAACAAACAUUGGCAUAUACUCAAACAUGAUGAGAUACUUAACUCUAUCAUACCCAUCCAUUCUAAUAUUGUUUUUAGAGGAGCACCCAAUUUUAAGUCUAUUUUAACCAGAAAUUUUACCAAAAAAUCCCCUUCUAAUAAUGUAUCUUUCUUUCCUCAGACAAAAGGUUUUUAUAGAUGUAAACAAUGCAUUGUAUGUAAAACCACCGAUCAUUCUAUCCCAUCUAAAAUUACAAAUUUUAUGUCAAAUAGGACCAAAAAAGUGUACAAUAUAAAUGAUUUUAUACGUUGCAAUACAAAAAAUGUUAUUUAUCUGCUCGAGUGCCCGUGUGGCCUCCAAUAUGUGGGGAUGACCACAAGGUGCCUAAAGAUAAGAUUGAGCGAACAUUGCAGAAAUAUCAAAAAUGGAUACCUAAAUCAUACAGUAUCCAAACAUUUUAUUAUGCAUAACAGAGAUCCGCGCCUAUUAAAAUGUAUUGGUAUAACCAAAUGCUCUACCUCCUGGCGUGGAGGUGACAUAAAAAAGAUGCUUGGAAAAACAGAGAUGGAAUGGGUGUAUAAACUUCAGACUCUUAUACCCCACGGUCUUAAUGCAGACUUUGAUUUACAUAACUUUUUAUAAUCUUUUAUAAUUUUUUAAAAACAUGUUGCUGCCUGUACCUUUAAAUAAUUAUGCUUUUAUUGUUACUGAUGAAUAAUGUAAUUUUUUAUCAUUGUUUUACUUUUUUAUGUUUCUAAGCUCAUGUAAUUACAAUUGUAAACUGUCUUUUCCCUGCAAGUACAUUUAUCUGCUGUAUUUGUUCCUGUUAUUGUGGGUUAAACUACAUUUCCCUACAUGCAUUGCGGCUAUAUCUUCCGAUUUGCGGAAGUGCCGAAAAACCAUGUGACCAAGUCUGAUUAGCUCUAAACCUAUUGCUCCCCUUCGUUUUUAAUUUCUAAUUCUAAUCAACACUUUGUGAAGGCUAUAAUUAUGCAAUCAUCUGCUUAUUUUACUGUUACAUGUGGCCGUUUUUUGCGGCCAUUUUGACUACAUUUCCCAUGUGGCAUUGUGUUUUACUUACGAAAAACGGAAGUGCUGUUUGGACAUGUGACUUUUUAUUAAUGUUUAAAAACACAAUUUAACACCUUCGUUUUUGAUCCAAACAUUUUAAUAUCAUGUUAUAGUAUUAUUAUUUAUACACUUAUUGAGUUAUUUAUGCAAUUUAAUGUUUUAAUUUUGUUUUUAAUUCUGAUUGGUUGUACCAUUUUUGGCGCCAAAUUCAAAUUAGUUUUAUCUUUAUAAAACAUCUAUUAGCCAGGUAUCAUAUGUAAAUCCAUUUGAAAAAGUCUUUUUUUUUGACGAAACGCGUUAUGGAUAUUUAAUAUUUGUGUUCUUUUAUCAUAUUAAAGUAUUUUUGGUCAUUUAUUUGUGCCAAUCAACUUUUUCAAAGACACAUAACUUUUCCUUUUACCCUGGCUUUUUAGUAUUAUUUUUUAUUGGUUUUAUAAAAAUCAUUGGAUAAUAUCCCUGGAAGUUUCCUGUACUUAAAGAAAUCCUUAGGUGGGGAUCAAUCCACCCAAGCUAUCAUCAUAGAGCAGUUGGCCUGCUCUUACCUUGUAAGUACAUUCUUUUAUUAUUUUAUCAACAAUACUAUACAGUGAGCACUAUUAGUUGUCUCUUUUAUUUCGAGAAUUGGACACCAACGACGGAGAGGAACCCAUUUAUAUCCCAUAAGCGGGGAUUUAAACCGCUGUAGGCGCCUUACUCCAGAGCUGGAUAUUAGCUCUGGUAAAUGUGAGUUUUAUACUAUUAUUCUUUUAUAUUCACAUUUGAAUUUUACAUACUGCACCAUUGGUUGUCCCUCUCUCUUUUUAUCUUUCAUACCAAGUGGAUCCACCAUAUCAGUAGAAGACCUUACCACCAAAGACUAUCUGUAAGGAUAAAUAUUGGGAUUUUCUCCCUUUUUUGGACUUUCCAUUGGACUAUUUUACAUAUAUUUUUUAUUAUUUAUUGUGGCGCAGCCUUUUACCGUUUUUUAUUUACCGUUUUUUAAUCACCAAAUGAAAGGCCUGUUCCAAAACAAGUUCACUUAGGUGCUGUUAUAGUUGUACCUGCAUAGAUAGGUACAUUUGGUAACAUACACUCAAAGUCUUACUAAUUCUCGAUAUUUAAAGGAACACUAUAGUCACCUAAAUUACUUUAGCUAAAUAAAGCAGUUUUAGUGUAUAGAUUAUUCCCCAUGCAAUUUCACUGCCAUUUAGGAGUUAAAUCACUUUGUUUAAAAAAAAAAAAAAAAAAAAAAGAAGCAAACUCAGAACCACAAAAGAGAUCAGAACUGGAGGAAAGACCCUAACGCACGUGAAGGCACAGAAGCGCACACUUACCACAGAUUUACAAACCUUCUGUAAUAUAACAUGCAAUUGUACUGAUUGUAAGCCUAUACGAUAACUGCUGUAUAUGACGGUACCACCUAACGCUUUCUCUUUGUUCUGUAAUCCCACUCGUGCCACCAAAAAUACACAAAGAAAUUUUUUUUUUUUUUUAAAUCACUUUGUUUCUGUUUAUGUAGCCCUAGCCACACCUCCCCUGGCUAUGUUUGACAGAGCCUGCAUUGAAAAAAAAACUGGUUUCACUUUCAAACAGAUGUAAUUUACCUUUAAUUGUAUCUCAAUCUCUAAAUUGAACUUUAAUCACAUACAGGAGGCUCUUGCAGGGUCUAGCAACCUAUUAACAUAGCAAGGGAUAAGAAAAUCUUAAUUAAAAAGAACUUCCAAUAAAGAAAGCCUAAAUAGGGCUCUCUUUACAGGAAGUGUUUAUGGAAGGCUGUGCAAGUCACAUGCAGGAAGGUGUGAUUAGGGUUCAUAAACAAAGGGAUUUAACGCCUAAAUGGCAGAGGAUUGAGCAGUGAGGCUGCAGGGGCAUGUUCUAUACACCAAAACUGCUUCAUUAAGCUAAAGUUGUUCAGGUGACUCUAGUGUCCCUUUAAUUGCACUCGUGACAUCUAAUAGACACUAGUGACAUCCUAGACUGGACCCAUACAGUAUCUUGUUUAAGCACUUUGACCGGAAAAAAGUGAAACUGGCUCCCUCUUGUGCAGUUAUGGACCACUAGAGAACCCCACAUAUUAUUUGCUAGAACGGGUCUCAAAUUAAAAGACCACUAUAGGCACCCAGACCACUUCAGCUUAAUGAGGUGGUAUGGGUUCCUGGUCCAUCUAGGGUUAACCCUUUUUUUCUAUAAACAUAGCGGUUUCAGAGCAUGUACAACUUGGCUUACAUGCUUGUUACUUCAGAGGGUAGACUUUUAUGCAGACUUUGCUUGUUCUUUGUAACCUAGGGCUGUGGAACCCAUUUAUUAUACUUUUUGGCAUUUCAGAUGCUGAAAAAUGACCUAUUGUUUUUAGAGAAACAAAACCCUAUUUCUUAUUGGGAUAAAAUACCUUUAUUACAGCCAUUGACUAUUUUUAUUUCACUAUUGAAGAGCCUCUCUGCUUAUUUCUAUUUGUACAAAUGUUUUUUUUUUUUUUUUCCCCAGACAUCCUUGGAAACAUUAUGAAAAAUAUCACUGCAAAACGCUCCAAAGCCAGAAUCGUAGAUAAACUAAUCAGCAUGGGUCUGAUUUCUGAGCGCAAAGAACUCUAUAAAAAAAGGAGAAAAAAAGGAAAAUCAACUGGCAUGGUAUAUUAUUAAUGAAUAGACCUUGUCAUUUUUGAGCCUCAUAUGUGUUUGUAAUUUUUGUUACAUUUUCUUUUUAUAAUCAACCUCCUUUCAUAAACCAUUGUGAUUAGACUCCUAACAACAUGUAAACAUGGGCCUACUAACAAUUUGUUUUGCAUAGAGUGUCAAAAUUUUUUAUUUAUAAAAUAUUUUACCAGAAUGGAUACAUUGAGAUUUCCCUCAGUAUUUCAAGUAUGUUCUGGGUCCACAAAACAUUGCAUUGUUACAGUAGGAUACACUAUUACAAAAAUACAAUAUACAAACACUAUAAAAAUAGAUUUUCUCACCACUCCUUGGGUGGUAUGUUUAUUACUCUUUCUCGGGUCCUCUACCAGAGGCCUGGAAGUUUGAGGGUUCUGGGUAGUAUCUUAGCUGUUCCUAGAACUGCACUCUUCUGGACAGCGAUCUCAGAUGUCCCACCUGGAAUCUUUUGAAGCCACUCCCCCAACUUGGGAGUCUUAGCCCCAAGUGCUCCUAUCACAACUGGGACUACUACUGCCUUCACUUUCCACAUCCUUUCUAGUUCUUCUUUAAGUCCUUUGUAUUUGUUCACCUUCUCAUGUUCCUUCUUCCUGAUGUUAUAGUCACUGGGUAUUGCCACAUCCACCACGACUGCAGUUUUUCGUUCCUUGUCUACUACCACGAUGUCUGGUUGGCGAGCACUUGCUUGUCUGUCUGGAUCUUAGCCCUGUCAUUCCCAACUACCCUUUGUGGUAUCUCCCAUCUAGACUUAGGCAGGUCCAAUCCAUAUUCUGUGCAGAUGUUUCAGUACACAAUCCCAGCAACUUGGUUGUGUCUCUCCGUGUAUGCUGGAUGCAAGAUGUUAGCAGGAACAGCAUACACGGAGAGACACUACCAAGUUGCUGCAGAUUUGUUAUUUCUGUGGGAAAAGCGAGUCUCAUGGCUUGACUGGUGUGCAGAUUUUUGUUUAACAUUGUAUUAACUAUUCACAGACUUCAGGUGGAAGGUAUUUGAUCACACUUUUGCCCCACCAUAACCUUUUUGGAAUAUAUAUAUUCCAUAACCUUUUUGUAAUGUAUAUUUUCCAAAAAUGUUAUGGUAGGGCAAAAGUGUGAUUGAAAAUCCCUUCCACCAGAAGUCUGUGAAUAGUUAAUACAAUGUUAAUACAAAAAUCUGCAAACCAGUCAAGCCAUGAGACUUGGUUUUCCCACAGAAAUCACAAAUCUGCAGUGAUGUUACUACCGUAAAGGAUUCUGGGUGGGCAUCUGCAAAUUAGUUUAACAAAGAAUCACAUUUUUGCCUCAUUCCAUUUUAAACAUUGAUUCCUUUGAGUCUGUGUUUGCUGUAUACAACAGCUUUGAAACACAACUUAGGAAAAGAUGCAAGCCAGUGAACUACUCAUGGACAGCUGUUUCAUUGUUAAUGCAAAUCAUCAGCAUGAGGUUGGUUACUGGUUUGCUUAUUAAGUUUGGUAGUGCUUGGGAAGCAAAAUCCAAAUAGGUUAUGGUGGGAAAAAAAUCCUUCGCGGUAUUAACAUCACACACACACACACACACACUCACUCUAACAUGUAAUAAAUAUAUUUAACCAUGACUGGUGCAUUCUGUAUUGAGGUAUAUUGCCAUAGAUCUCUUAAAAUAUUUUAUAACCCCACUUACUUUUUACAGUGCUGGUGUUAUUAUUAUUGCCCUUUAUAUAGUGCCAACCGAUUCCGUAGCACUUUACAAUAUUAUGAGGGAGGAUUAACUAUAUAAAUAGGACAAUUACAAGAAAACUUACAGGAACAAUAGGUUGAAGAGGACCCUGCUCAAACGAGCUUAAAGUCUUUAUGUGAAUACAAUUUUCUGCUAGGAAUCACUUCUAUAAUUUUACGUCUUUGUAGUGGGACUCUUUCCACCAGCCACUCUUACUGCCCCUUCCCUUGAUAAUAGAGUAGAGCAAUGCUAUAUACAUUGCUCCUUGAGGACACCUUCAGUGGAUGUUACUAAGCCACGAGAGCUGCAUUCUGUUGUGAACCUGCAGUGUAAAGAGUUACCGAUUAGUGCAGCUCAGCGAUUGCCUCACAUGUGCAGUAGGAUAUUUUCCUGAGAAAUCCUGGAAGUUCUUCCUUAACAAUUAAAGGCACUGCAGGUCCCCAUCCCCCUCCCCCCAUCCCAGGUUGCUAAAGGGGUUAAAACCCCUUCAGUGACUUACUUGUAUCCAGCGCUCAUGUCCCUCGGCACUGGGUCAGGCUCCGUCUACGCUCCUCCCCCGCCAACGUCAGCCGGUGGAGGAGAUCUAAUGCGCAUGCGCGGCAACGCGCAUUAGACCUCCCCAUGGGAAAGCAUUAUACAGUGCUUUUCCUCUAGGGGUUUCGGCGAUGCUGGAGGUCCUUACAUAGCGUGAGGAUGUCCAGCAUAUUUAUAACACACUUUUCGUGUUCUAUGAACACGGAAGUGUCCUCUAGUGGCUUUCUAGUAGACAGCCGCUAGAGGAGGACUUAACCCUGCAAGGUAAAUAAUGCAGUUUAUUAAAGGUAUUGCAAAUGGGGUAUGUCCAGUCUUUUUUAGUAGCCAUUUAGUCACAAAAACUGGCCAAAGUUAGCGUUGGUAUUUGUUUGUGUGUGAAAAAUGCAAAAAACGCCAAUUUUGGCCAGUGUUUGUGACUAAGUGGCUACUAAAAAAGACUGGACAUACCCCGUUUGCAAUACCUUGGGUUGUCUACUAUUGCAAAUGGUAUGCCAUCAUAGGGGUAAUUUUCAUUCUUGGGCUUCCAUAGGGUCUCAAAGGCAACGUACCCAAUCUGGCGAAUUUUAAUGUGAAAAAAAUAAAACACAAGCAUUAUAUUUGACGCUGUAUCUUUUGAAAACACCAUAAAACCUGUACAUGAGGGGUACUGUUGUACUCUGGAGACUUCGCUGAACACAAAUAUUUGUGUUUCAAAACAGUAAAAAGUAUCGCAGGAAUAAUAUCGUCUGUGUAAGUGCUGUUUGUGCGUGAAAAAUGCAAAAAAGUCACUUUUACUGGCGAUAUCAUCGUUGUAAUACAUUUUACUGUUUUGAAACACUAAUAUUUGUGUUCAGCGAAGUCCCCCGAGUAGAACAGUACCCCCCCAUGUACAGGUUUUAUGGUGUCUUGGAAAGUUAUAGGGUUAAAUAUAGUGCUAGCAAAUUAAAUUCCCUUUACUUUCGGCAUGGGUUGUCAGGCAGGUCCCGCUAAUUGUAAUUAAUUGAUACCCAAUUAUGUAAAAUUAUUACAUAAAUAUAUAUGUAGAAUUAAUGUGUGUGUGUGUGUGUGUGUGUGUGUGUGUGUGUAUAUAUAUAUAUAUAUAUAUAUAUAUAUAUAUAUAUUUAUUUUUUAUUUAUAUAGGUGUGUGUGUGUGUGUAUAUAUAUAUAUAUAUAUAUAUAUAUAUAUAUAUAUAUAUAUAUAUAUAUAUAUAUAUAUAUAUAUAUAUAUAUAUAUAGUGAUGUAUACUUAUAUAUUAUAUAUAUAUAUAUAUAUAUAUAUAUAUAUAUAUAUAUAUUUUAAUAUCACAAAACAGAACGAAAUAACACAUCUAUAUAUUUUUUAAUUAUUUUUAUUUAUUUUAUUUUUUAACGUAUUUACAUAUUUAAUUUUUUUAUAUAAUAUAUAACAAUAAUUAUAUAUAUAUAUAUAUAUAGAUAUAUGUUUAAUCAGUAUCAGUCUACGUGUAAUUUGAUAUAUAUAUAUAUAUAUAUAUAUAUAUAUAUAUAUAUAUUUAUAUUUCAUUUGUAUACUAUAUAUGGCUUAUCUGAAAAAAUUUAAUAAUUUGUUGUUUUUUUAGUCGGAGGAAGAAUUUCUUCGUGAUCUGGGAAUAGAUGGAAAAGACAUUGAUAUAAAUGAUGAGGAAGAAUCUGAAGAAGAGGAGGAGGUUGACGAAGAAGAGGAAGAGUGCGAAAGUGCCAAGUUUGAGCAGAAGCCAAAGGAGAGCAAAAGAAAAGACAAGGAGAAUGACUCCUUUUCGGACAAGAAGAUUCAUAGUCUUCUAAAAAGUUUGGAGGAGGAGGGUGAGUGACAGGUGGCUGUCCUGCAUAAAGCAUGUGUUUCGUGCCAGUUAUGCAUAAAACUAAACUCUUGUUUUUCAAAGUCCAAUUAAAGGACCACUCCACACACACAACACAUGUAGUGCUUUAUGUCUAUGGAGGAUCUAAUUUUAAUGGCAGGUUGUAUAAAUCACUUAAGAAACACGUCCCUGGCUGUCAGUCAUGGAGAUUUUCCUCCUCCUGAUAGAUCAUGAGCCCACUCCUACAGGUUCUAGUGAGCCUGUCCACAGGGCUCCAUCUUCUCUAUCGUCCUUUGCUCUUGCUGCAACUUCCUACCUGCCCCCUUCCCCUCACACGUGCACUUGUGGCAAUGUCAAGAGGAGGGCUUGCAAAGGUUGAAGAAGAAUUUUUAAACAUACCCCCAAGGCCAAUAUGCAUAACUAAAUAGAGAUCUAUAUUUUAAUUGUUUUAUUAUUAUUAUAUAUAUAUAUUUUUAUAAUCUCCAAAAUCUUACUACUUUUCUUAAGACCAUAGACUGUUUGUUUUUCACUUUUUUACUGAAUGAAUUAUUGUAGAGUGAUAAAAUAAGACUUGAUUCAGUUUGCAUUUAAAAAUGAUCCUUUGUUCUCUGCUUUUGUCUGUUUUUCUUAUUUGGUCUGCCAGGUCUAUCCAGUCCUGUAGUGUGGCUUCAGAAUUGUUUAAACAGAGCUGCAGAGGACAGAGAAGAGGACGGUGAGUUUGGCAUUUACCUAAGAAGAUAUUGUUAAUUAACCAUUGCAAGUUAUUGUAUUUAGUUCACACACUGGUUUUGUAGCUUUAGUGUGAAGUGGUUCAUGGUUCCAGUGACCACUUUCCCACUGGGAAAUCUUCAAUCAGUUUGAGAUUUUUUUCAUUCCAUUGCCAAGUGGCUGAUUUGCAAUAAAAGUCUAACUUCACAAAAUGUAAAUGGCUCCAUAAACAGUCACAUUAUCUUUUGCAAUAACAUUUCUACAAAAUAUAGCUGUAAUUUUCAAGUUAUGUCAGGGAACUAACCAUAAGCUUAGCACUAAGAAGCUCAGCCAACUGUGCGUAAUGGCUAUUUACUAGAUACAGAGAAAUAUAAUACAUUAAGACGUCUGAGUGAGCACACAAGGAGUUCUGUUAGAUUGGCAAACUGCUUCUUUUUCAGACUAAAUCAACUUACUGACAUCACUGGAAAUUAAAAAAAAAACCUCCUAGUGCUAUGUUUAUGGAGUGACCAAUACUUAAUAGCCUUUGCAUCAUUUUUAUAAUGAGUUCAUAAGAAAAUCAUGAUUUCUAUAAUCCAACUGAGGGGAAUACUUAUUAACUAGAUUACUUUUUUUCUUUUUUCAUGUACUAGGUUUUUCUCAGUCAAUUCCCCUUGUGCCUUUAACGGAAGAGAACGAGGAUUCUAUGGAGAAUAAGACAUUCCAAAAGCUACUUAAAAAACUAGGUGUUCGUCCUCCAGCUAAUGAGCAGGUAAUUGCCCUUUAUUGCUGUCAAGGUUUUAUUUACUGUAAAAAUACACUAAAUACUGUAUAUAAUAAACGUGCUGUAAAUUGUUCACUGGUGGUUUCGAACUCAAAGAGAGCAGGUAACCUGUGAAGUUUUGUGUUUUGGGGGUGUACCCUGUCCACAAUUACACACUCUGAUUCCUUCUUGCGUCUGCAAAGCUAGGAAAGCUCCUGUGACAAAGAUGCUGGGCGGUAGUGAGUAUAUCUAGAGACCAGCCCAUGAAUGAAGCUCUGCCCUUUGUCAUGCUUUUGUCAACAGUUAAGUGGUCCCUUGCCAAUAUCUCCGCUACUUGCUUUAUGGUGGUGUUAGUUAUAUAGUUUCCUAGCUCCUUGAAUCAGUAAUGCUUUCUAUAGCCUAUUGGUCAUGUGGCCAAGACCAAUCUUGCAUCUUUAGAGCAACGGAUAAUAAUAAAACCAGAUUCUGUAUACAUGCAUUCAUACAGCCUAUAAGGGAAUUGUUAAAGGGAAGGUGUUUUGUCAGUUAAACAUGUUUUGAUUGAAAGGGUUUCAGUCCGUGAUAUUUCAACUAACUGAAAGAAACUGAGUAAGGAUUAGGAUUAUUGAUGUAGGGUUAUAGCCAGUUAUAGAGAUAUAGGCAAAACUUUAACAUAGAUCUAAAAGGAUGCAGAUAUUUUCAAAAAUUAUAAGCCCAUCUUCUCAGUGUGAGACGUCAGAGAAAGCAUUUCUCUGCCCUGCACGUGAAAGUACUUGCAUGGAGUUUCUUUUAUACAGCUGCCUGGUAAACAAUUCCCUACUUCUUUCUGUCAGGUUUCUUGACCCGUGAUUUCCCUGUGUAUGGACUUUUAAUCCAUUCAUAUAAAAUAUUUAUGGACACAGUGUUUUCAAACUUUCAUCACUGACCACUUGUGUAUCUGCAGGAAUCAUUUUGGCGCAUCCCAGACAAACUGAGCCCUGGACAGCUUCGCAAGAUGGCAGCUUCACUUGAUUACUUACCUCCUGAUAAUGCUGCAGAAACACAGCUGGAGUCUGAAGAUCAGGAUAAAGGCCUAGAACAGCGUGCAGCAGCUUUGCGGGCUCUGUUACUUGCUCGGAAAAAGAAAACUGGAAUAAUGUCACUUGAAGGUAAAAAGGGUUUUCCGGAGACUGAAAGAAGAAAUGUUUACAUUAUUUUAAUGUGAAUAUUUAGCAUUUGUUUUUGUUUUUAAGCAUUUUAAAUGUAUGCCCAUAGCAGGAAUAACUUCCUGUAUUUACAGUAGAUACAUCAUCUUGGUUUAAAAAGAAAUUGUACCCACAUUACAAAAUUAAACAGGAGUGGUAGAUCUGGACCACAUAUAUAAAAUGUACUAAUUAUUAUUUGGGAAAAAAUUAUAUAUGUAUUCUUUAAAACAUUGUUUGAUUUAAGGUGGAUUACUUAAAUAAAAUACAAAAUAUUUCACCAGGAAAGGUCCAUUGAGAUUGUUCUGGUUUCCAAGUACGUCCUGGAGAUGUUACUAUUUAUUUGCCCAACAUCCAGGGGAUGUUAAGAUUACCCAAUUUAAUGGUAUUUCGGAAGGAUGAAGGGCUUAGUCAACCUUGCUGGGAUUUGCACCUGCGACUCAUUGGUCAAACAGAUUCUAGUGAUGAUGCAUUAGCUCAUAGAGCUAUCUCAUAAAAUGCUUCUAAUGAAGCUCCCAUAAGCCUCUUGAGACCUCUAGCAGUUGUAACUGUGGGUAUAGGAAUGAAAUUUAAAAUCACUUUGGGAGAAUAUGUGAAGUGGUUUUGAAAUUGCUCUUUUCCUGAUACAGAAGCCAUAAAUAGGUUCAAGUAGUACAUUGUAUAGAAGACAGAUAUGUCUAAAAUGUACUGUCCCCCGUCACCCAAUAACGCUUUUCACAUAUAAUAAAUUAGCAACGUUUUUGUUUUUGCCAGUUGUUUCUGCAUCUCUUAAAUGCAUACUAAUUUAUUGUGAUGUAACACUCCUAUUUCAGAAAAUGAGGAACAAGAAAAUGAGCCUACAACUGUCCAUUUUGAAACAGAUGACCAAGAUGAGAGGUGAGAAAAUAGGUCCUUAAGGAGUUAUCAUUACUGUCUCUAUACCAGACAUUCAGUUGGCAGUGGAUUUUCUGUCAUCUGCCACAUGUCCUCACAUUUAUUGCAUCACAUCAACUAAGCAAUAUUUUUAAAACCUACUUCAUAAUACAGCCAUGCUGGUAUCAUGAUGCACGGCAACUGUCAUUGGUUACGUUAGCUGAGCAGUAAUAAACAUCAUAAUUUUGCUAUGCAUGGUUUUAUUAAAGACAUGUAGGUGAGAAAUAGUUUUAUGCAAUGCUAUAAAAGGCACUGUGAACAUUCCAAAGUCGUCUUUCUUUGCAAUUGAACUAUAGGUUGAAAUCCAAGGAUUUUAAAUUCAGCAGCAAACUAAACAGAAGAGUCCUUCUUCAAAUCACAUCCAAAGUAAAUUCCAUAGAAGAGCAACAAGAUUUUAAAUUCAGGCAUACUCCAAUGCAAAUGUAAAAGUAAAGAAAAUAAUCCAUAAAAGUUUCAAACUAGGCAAAAAAAAAGAAUGAAAAGGUAUGAUUAGUAAAUAUAAUUGAAUAAAUUGGCAAUAAUAAUGAAAUAAAGUUAUAUGAAAGUAAAUAUCAAUAAAUAGGAAGAAUACAUUAUAUAUAUAUAUAUAUAUAUAUAUAUAUAUAUAUAAUAUAUACAUACAUACAUACAUACAUACAUACACCAGAACAAAUCAACAAACACAAAACGGAGAUGGUAAUAAAAAGAAAGCUAAAAUAUAAAAAUGCUCCAGCAUCGCAAAAUCCUUCAAUUUUGUUACAAGACCCAAUGGGUCAUAUUAUAAAAGUUUAAACCCGCAUAAUAACAGAGGAAGAAACAUUUUGAAUGUUUUUAGUAAAAUUCAUUAAACGUAAAUUAAUUUGACCUGUCAGCAGAUUUCAUAAGAUCUUCCAAUCUACAGCCGAACAAAAAAAAUGAGUGCCACGGCACCACAAGAAGAAUGAGAACCAAAAAAACCCCAUGGUUUUCUAUUUUGUCUAGCUUAUUUAAUCUAGCCAUACCUAGUUGGCAUAAGUUAACAAGCGUUCAUUCAUUUAUUUUAAAAAUGUGGUGCCUUACUUUUUUUUUUUUUUACUUAUGUGUUCAUGUGAUGCUUGAUCUAAGCUGUACACUCUCUCUGCACUUUUUGUGCCUUAUGCAAACACCACAAUAAAAAAGUGAUUGACAAAAAAAAAAUUCAAAUUAAAAGAUGCCUGUCUUGGUAUGACGAAAAUGUGAAAAUGAACUCCUUCAGGAAUGUAAGAAUGGGCAUUCAUAUCAAAAUUUGAGUCUCAUUUACAGGAUAUAAGACACAGUAAGGUAACUAUCAGAACCUUGCUCCCACACCGUGUCUCACUCCACGAGGACGCCGCGUUGGAGCGCGACCCUCCAGACAGCAUGGUCAGCUCAACCACCCACGCCAACUGCUCACAUUCAUAUGAAUGUCACAUCUGUUCGUGCAAACGCCGCUUACCGAACACUGCAACACAGAAGGCAGAGCUCUAUUCAUAUGAACGCGGCCACACAGGAGACAGAGCUUCGGGAGAAUCAAAGGGCACUCACAUUCCUAAACAGGGCUUUUUAAAGGUACAGGAGGUGGAGACCAGGGAAGAGCUACAGUAGACAAGACCACCCACUCUCUUUAUUUAAACUCCACACACCCUUGACUCCUCGCUCAGUUUUACUGUGCUCCUGAUUGUCUAAAGACUUCAGUGACUGACCUGCCAUAUCAUGAUUUUGACCCUUGCUGUACUAUCGCUUCUGAACCUGUGCCGCCUAGCUUGACUUUUGGCUUCCCCAACUUCUCUCUCCGUUUGAUCCUUUUGUACUGCAAACUUAGUCCAUUGCUUUCAGUGCUCCUCUGCAUCUUGGGCUUCUUCUACUAUACAGUGAUCCCGACUUUAAUUUUGCGUAACAUAAGGUCAGACUUACCAGGCGAAGAGUCAAAAAGGGAACUAGAUUCAUGUCUCUGACUUGAUGUCUGGACACUUUAAUUUCCCUUAUCAAUCUGCAAACAUGCGGGUGUUUGCCAGUGGAAACACCAUGAUGGCUGUUGUGACCUACUGUUAUCAUACCAGCCUAUAUAGCUUGAUGGUCCGAUAAACUUAUCUUUUUGAACAAAAGAAAGAUUAAGAUACUGAAAUGAGAUACAGAUCCAGUUCCAUGCAACAACGAGACUAUAAUCUCCAAGCAUUCUGAUUUUCAUGAGGACGUUGUAGCUUUCUCUUGAAGACGUUACUGAUCUUGCAAAGUCUCCUGAUAAGAGCCAGGCCAUGUGCUGAAGAAUAUUCUCAUGAAUCCAUGCAUGUAGUUUUAGGUCUGGGUUGGAUAGUAAACAAAGAGUUUGAGGAAAAUGUUUUGGAUAAUCCAUGCCAAUUCCAGAAGAUGUGACCAGCAUGGUUACAUCUGACAGACCUGAAUCAAUGAUGGACAUGUAUAAUUUUGGUUUCCAGACCAAUCCUGAAAACUGUUCAUUGCUUUCACUGCUGAGUCUGGUCUCCAGCUGUAAAAUCAAGCAUUGAGUCUGGAGGCAAAUAAAAGGACCCCAUACAUUUAAAAAAUUUCUGCAGUUUGAAAGAAAUUUUGAAUUCUAAUCUGACAUUGUGUCAACCCUGGAAUAUAUUCUGCCUGUACAAUAGUAGUUCCUUUCCAAACAUAUCCAGCAUUCCUUUAAAAUUAAAUCCUCUCCUACUGAGUCCUUCCUAGAUGGAUGACGUAAUGAACCGCAGAGAGAGUUCCAUUCUCAAAAGAAUGCAACAAUUCAUUUGUCUUUGUUAAAAUUCUUUAAUAAAAAUGACCCUGUCAGAAGUUCUAGGCAAUUGUUGUGGAGUUGAAGUUCUUGAUCGGACCUUUCCACGCUUCUAUAUGUCAUAGCCACCAAUGCAGAUCUUCCUUAAAUUUCCAAUCUAAAGGAAUGGGGUCAGAAUACAAUCAACCACUGUGAAGAUGUUUUAAAUAAUUUUCAGACAUUGUAAUGCUCUGUUAAAACAAAAAAGGGGGUAGGGGGAGUGAUCAAUUCUAUCCAUGCAGAUCUUGCCUUCAUUAGUGAUUUCUACAGAUGUGGAAAAGGUGUUUGAUAGUGUGGAUUGGUCUUAUUAUUCCCGAUGCUACAGCAGGUAGGCCUCUGGCCGAAUAUGCUGACAUGGAUAAAAGCCCUCUACUCUAACCCAUCGGUACGAGUAUAUGUCAACGGAGUCCUUAGUAAAGCCUUUUGCAAUCAGAAAUGGCUCUCGUCAGGGUACCUUCUAUCGCCCCUGUUUUUUUUUUUUUUCUCAGACUAGAACCAUUCUUGAAUGUGAUCCGCGAGCACUCUCAAAUCGCUGGCAAUAGCAGGAAGUGGGGAGAGAGUUGAAAUUCCGCAUAUGAGAGAGAUCUCAUAUUUUCAGUAACAAAUCUGGCCACCUCAUUAUUUGCCAUAAUGGAGUUUGAAUGUUAUGGUCCUCUUUCAAAUCUGAAUAUUAACUGGGCAUCGGCUGCAAUCGUACAUUGAUAACAACCCUUAAACAUGCAUUCCCCCUCUAGUUGUGUAAGGAAGUAAUAUAAAGUACCUCGGAGUCUGGCUCAUGGCUGAUCUUACUCUCAUAUUGCUCCUCAAUUUUCCGCCCCUUCUGGGCAAGGGACUUGCGUGCUUGGUCACUUCUUCAUAUUUCCUGGCUUGGUAAGGUAAAUGUUCUCAAGAUAAAUGUACUGCCUUGCUACUUAUAUUUAUUACAGACCCUCCCAGUCAUUGUCCUCCAGGCCUUUUUUGACCAAAUUUGUAGGACAUUCAUAGAUUACAUAUGGUGUCACUGGUACAAAUAAAAGCACGCUCUUAACUAAACCACGGUCUUAACUACGCUCUCUCACAUACCCCUGCGUUAAAAUCCUCAAAAAUUCACCUUACUAAACACAACUUUAUCCAUAUAAAUUUGAAAAAUUGUAAAAGUCAGUUGUUGUUUUUUUCCACUUAACUACUUUGGCCUAUAGUUAGAAAUUUUAUUCUAAGCUCUUCAUAAAUCCUGGUACAAGUGAAAAAAAAAAAAUACUGUUAGUCUUUACAUCUUUAAAUGUUUACUGUAUUUUUUUUCUUGCAUAUACAUUUAGUGCUGUCUUUUGUUUGAAUAUUUUUUCUUCUUCCAGUGUGUUUUUUUUGUUGUUUUUUUUCUUCAAAUUUUAUUGAUUUAAUUAUUUGUAGACCAAAGAGAGUGAUGAAACGAAGCCAUGUGGUAGACAGUGACGAUGAGGAACUAGUAAUUAAUGAAGGUUUGUUUUACACUUUUUUUUUUUUUUUGGUCUCAUACAUACGAUUAAUUUUUAGCUUUGAGUAAAUAUUAGUAGGUGUUUAUUUUGUAUGCUGAUCGCACUUAUUCUGUUUUAGAACUGAAAGAAACUGACCAGCAGCUAUUAGAUACCUCUUCUGAAAACAAACCUAAAAGUAAUAGGUAAUUCUUCUUUGAUUGUUGAGAUGUUCUAUGGAAAUAAUCUUGUAGUGCUACUAUGAAGGGAAUUAAUGUAAUGUAAUGGAUUGUGUGGAGGAGAUCCGUCUGAUGGAAGACCAGACUGCUGCUUUACAAAGUAGGACAUGUCCUCCACACAUGGGAUUUCUCAGUUCAAUCUUGGCACUCUGUCAUGAUCCCUCUGUUUACAUGCAUGCAUGAUAAUAUAAAUAUAUAUAUAUAUAUAUAUUUUUUUUUUUUUUUAAGUAGCGUUGUAAGCACCAAAGCUAAUACAGUCUAUGAUAGUGGUUAUAGUGCUAGUAGGAUGUAGGAGAAAUCACCUGGUUGUGGCAUACCAUUUUAAAUGGUUUGACAAAAGAAAACUAGGCUCAUCAAAGUACCUAUGGCUAGCCACUCUCUUUGCUGUCUGUAUUGCUUAACUCAACAAUGGGCUGCAGUGGUUAUGGUGCAAAAACUUUUUUUUUUUUUUCUUCUUGGUGUUUAUUAGGUCUGCAAAGAAAUGUUAACUUUUAUGCCAAAUUGGGAGGGGGGUCAGCCUUUUUCCAGCUUAACUAGAUUGGCAUUAAAUAAGCAAUUUCCUUGUAAAUUAAUCACAACCCUGGUACAUUAAAUAAAUUCCCACUUUGUUAGUCUUUACUUCUUCAAAUGUUUACUGUAUUUUUUAGAGCUGUGUUUUUUGUUUGAAUAUUUUCUUCUUCCCAAUUUUUCUUUUUUAUAUUCAUUGAUUUAAUUUUUGUAGACCAAAGAGAGUGUUUAAACGAACGCAUGUGGUGGACAGUGAGGAUGAGGAACUAGUAAUUAAUGAAGGUUUGUUCUACACUUUUUUUUUUUUUUGGUCUCAUACAUACGAUUAAUUUUUAGCUUUGAGUAAAUAUUAGUAGGUGUUUAUUUUGUAUGCUGAUCGCACUUAUUCUGUUUUAGAACUGAAAGAAACUGACCAGCAGCUAUUAGAUACCUCUUCUGAAAACAAACCUAAAAGUAAUAGGUAAUUCUUCUUUGAUUGUUGAAAUGUUCUAUAGACUUAUCUUGUAGCACUUGUAUGCAGGGAAUUAAUGUAUGUAUUUUUAUUUAGACCAAAAGUAAAAAGAAGCAAACUGGUUGACAGUGAUGAUGAAGAUGAUCUAGCAACAGAAAGUCAAGGUUUGUUUUAGAACAUUUGAAUAUCCAUCUCUUCAUCUCUGUACCUAGAUACAUAUCCCCCUCCCGUACCUUUAUUGCAAGGUCUCUGACCCUCACAUCUCUUUAUUCAACAGCCUGAUUCCCCAACUUUGCAAGCCCAUUACUUCUGUGAGCAAGCCUGAUGCUCAGCCUCCCCUCCCCACACCAUCCCAUCCCAUGCUCAUUAUUACAUUUAUAGAUUGUCACACCCACAUUGUAGUUAGAUUUAAAAAAAAAAAAAAACGAAAAAAAAUGCCUCUUAUUAGUACACUCCAGCACUUUCUUAACCCAUAAAACAUAUUUUUCCUACCUUCACCUGCUCUUAAUAUUCAAAUUUUUUCCCAUUUUUAUUUUUCACAGUUUAGCAAUGAUCUGUUUUCUCCUCCUCUUUAUUUCCUCAGUCUCCCUUAGUAAAAAAAAAUCUCUCCUUACACCCACUUCACUCAUCCCCCCAUCCACAUUUAAAUAUGCUCCUCUCUGCUACACCCCCCCCCCUUCUCUCAUCUCAUGCAUUAAACUCAUUUUUCUACUCUCUCACUCCGACCCACAAUCUAUCUCAUCCUAGACCCCAUGCAUACAAAACCUAUUCACACCUCCUGUCACUUUCUCUCUUCCUGCUUCUAGCAGCUGGUGAUAUCUCUCCCAAUUCAGGGCCCUUCACCUUCUCUACACACACUAAGACAACCAGAAACCCCGCAAACCUCAUCAUAAUAUCCUGCCCUUUACCCUCACUUGCCAAAAUUCAGUGUGCACUCUGGAAUGCCCGCUCCAUCUGCAGUAAUUUAAAAUCAACAACCAUACACUACUUUUUCAUCUCAAACUCACUCACACUGCUUGCACUUACAGAGACCUGGCUGUCCCCCUCUGAUAGCGCUACUCCUGCCUCUUUAUGUUUUGGUGGGCUACAAUUCUCUCACACUCCCAGACUCAACUGUAAAGGAGGCGGCAUAGGCAUCCUUCUCUCCCCUCAAUGUACCUUUCAACAAAUCAUAUCUCCCCCUGCCCUAUCCUUUUCUUUUGAAGUUCACACUGUCCGCCUAUUUAAACCCACUCCUUUAAGAAUUGCUAUCAUGAGACUUUGCAACUCCCUUCACUGACAAGAUCUCUACAAUCAGAGAAAAGAUCUCUCAUCUUUCUUCUUCCCCUUACAAUACUUCCCCUAACUUCACUCCCUCUGCUGUUCAUUCGCACCCGCUACAUUGGAAGAGGUUUCUGCUCUGCUCCAGUCCUCCCGCCCCACCACCUGCUCCUUAGAUCCAAUUCCCUCGCAUCUCAUCCGUACUCUGUCUUCUUCUCUUUCUCCACAUCUCACUAAAAUUCUCAAUCUCUCUCUCCCCUCUGGUAUAUUUCCAUCGCCCUUCAAACAUGCAACUGGAAGCCCAACCUUGACUCCCCAUCCAACUAUCGUCCUAUCUCGCUACUGCCUUUUGCAUCCAAGAUCCUUGAAAUAAUUGUGUAUGUGAGAUUGACAGACUUCCUUGAGUACAACUCUCUGCUAGACCCGCUUCAGUCUGGUUAAAAACUCUGUGGAAACGGCACUGACCAAAGUAUCCAAUGAUCUACUCGCUGAAAAAUCUCGUGGUCACUACUCUAUCCUAAUUCUCCUUGACCUGUCUGCGGCUUUUGACACUGUUGAUCAUCAACAGCUUCUCAUCCUCCGCAAUAUCGGUCUGCAAGAUAUUGCUCUCUCCUGGUGCUGCUCCUACCUCUCCCAGCGCUCUUUCAGUGUUUCUUUUUCUGGCUCUGCUUCUUCUCCCCAACUCCUCUCUGUUGGUGUCCCCCAAGGUUCAGUCCUUGGUCCCCUACUGUUCUCCAUCAUCUAUACUGCCUCCCUUGGUAAACUCAUUAGCUCCUUUGGCUUCCAAUAUAAUUUCUAUGCAGAUGACACGCAAAUCUACCUGUUCCCUCCUGAUCUCUCCCCUUCCCUCUUGACUAGUGCCUCUGACUGCCUCUGCUAUUUAUAACUGGAUGGCUGCCCACUUCCUUAAACUCAACUUGACCAAAACUGAAAUUCUGGGUCUUUCCUCUCUCAAGUGUUGUUACUCCUGUGUCGGUCUCCCUCCAAGUCAGCGGUGAUACCAUCAACUCCACCACGCAGGCUCGCUGCCUAGGUCUUCUCUUUGACUCCGACCUCUCCUUCAAGCCUCAUGUUCAGUCUAUCGCCAAAUCCUGUCAUUUCCAUCUCAAAAACAUUGCGCGCAUCCACCCUACUUAACGCCUUUCUCGCCUUGUCUACUGUAAUCUGCUUCUCAGUGGUCUUACGUGCUCCCAACUUGCGCCAUUACAGUCCAUAAUGAAUGCGGCGGCGAGGCUCAUCUUCCUGUCUGCCUGCACCUCCCAUGCCUCACCCUUCUGUCAGUCCCUACAUUGGCUUCCUAUAAAAUAUAGAGCUCAAUUUAAAAUUCUGGUUCUUGCUUUUAAAUCGCUACAUAAUGCUGCUCCCUCCUCUCUAUCCUCCCUUAUACGCAAGUAUGUCCCGUCUAGGCCCUUACGAUCUGCUGAAGACUUACGUCUAUCUUCUGUCCGUACUCCCACCUCUGAUGCUCGCCUUCAAGAUUUCUCGAGGGCUGCACCGUUCCUGUGGAACUCACUUCCCUCCUCAGUUAGAUGCUCACCGAGUCUCCCCUCCUUCAAAAAAUCAUUAAAAACCCACUUCUUCAUAAAAGCGUAUCAAUUAAACUGUUAAUAGCUCCCUAAUGAUUCCUCUUCUGCAACUGUCACUAGUCUAAUACUAUCCUUACCUUUUUGUGUCAUUUUACCCCACUCCCUCUAGCAUGUAAGCUCAUUGAGCAGGGCCUUCAACCCCUCUGUUCCUGUGUGUCCAACUUGUCUGGUUACAGCUACAUGUCUGUUCAUCUACCCAUUGUAAAGUCCUGCAGAAUUUGAUGGCGCUAUAUAAAUAAUAAUAAUAUAUUUAUGUUUAAUGUUGCACUUUUGAAGGAAGGAUGUGCAAAGCACUAACCUUGUCAUUUUUAUUCAUAUUUGUUUUAGGAGAAGCUUCAAUGAAGCUUGGUCACACAGGAGCAGGGUCUGAUUCAGAGAUGGAGGAAGACAUUAAACCAACAAAAAAGAAACGUCUCCGUAUAGAGGAUGAAGAAGAGGACUAAUGCUGGAUGCCUUUAAGUGUUUUUAGGUUUCCUGCCUUAAUAACCUUUUAAACACUGUCACGGCUGAUAACUUACAGGAUAGCUGUCGUCAAAUUUUCACUUGUUUUUUAAAAAAGUUUAUUACAUUUAAUUAAACUUUAUUUAUUUUUUCUUAAAAUGUAUUUAUAUUGGUGGGAUUUUUUUGUGUGUUAAAUACAAUGUAACUUUUUUCAUCUGGCUGAGCAGUCAUGUUGGAUCAGACUCUACUGUUAUCUGUCAAACUGCUGCUCCACCUAAUUUGUCUGCUGCCGCAGUUUCACACAGAGCAGUCGCAACAGGCAAGUGAGGUGGAGCUGCAGAUGGUCACAUAACAGCCAGAUAAAGUGAAAUUGUCUCAGAAAAGUCAAUCUACAUCAUUUAAGUUUCAUUUAGGGUAAUAAGACUUUUAAAUAAUUUGGAAGUGAAAAUUUGAUGACACUUGUCCUUUAAUUUAACCAGAUCUCCAUCUGUGCCAGUGAAUAUGCCUUGUUUUUUUGGCUGAGCUAUAACCCUGCUCUUGUCUGAUUUAUUUUGCGUAUAAGGAAAGCUGGUUGACUGAGGGUUUUAAAAACAUUCACGGUCAGCCUGUGACAUCAAUUUGUCCAUUGUUCUAACAAACUGCAAUUAAAAGAUGACUUGUUUUUUGGGGGGGUAUGGGAAUUGUCUGUACUGUUCAGCUAGAGUUUAUAUAUGUAGCAUAUAGUAUAUAAAAUAAAUGUAUGUAUAAAACUGUGUGUUUCAAGCAAUUAUUUGUUAGAAAUGUCUGCCAUACUGAUUGUGUUGGGGCAGGUAGCACAUUAUAUGUGAAUAGCUGAAGUAAUGUCCGUGUUAUAAAGUGUUGAUUUGUGGUAGAAAAAUGUUUCAGUGGGGGCCUGUAUGUGAUCGCAAAAUCGAAGGUAAACAGAUGGGUAUGAUAGAAAAACAAAGCAUCUAUGACUUUUGAAUAUCGAUAAAUGGUGCUCCUAGUCAUUUACUCAGUCUCAAGACUCUCAACCCGCAAGAUCUCCGACUCUGAUCUCACCUUUAUUAUGAACAUUCAGUCA